CUCGCCCUCACGCCUGGCUCCCACGUGACGCGCUUGCAGCGUGUUGCAGCAGCCAGCCAGGCGGGUUGGGAGCCGAGGUUCCGGGAUGAAGAAGCAGAGCCACUGAUCGAGCGCGCACCGUGCAGCAUGAUCCGCAGACCGAGGAUCAAUUUCAAGCCCAUUGUCAGGCCCGGGGGCCGCUCAGUGGGAGGGGGUGCUGCCCAAGUCGCCCCCCGCCCUGAUCCCACAGACUCCAGCCAGGAGAAUGCAGCGGGGACCCCGCCUGGGGAGGACCACAAGGAGCCCCAGGCACCUGAGGACAAGCAGGGGAGCCAGUGAGUGUCCCUCUCUAUUUAUAUACCUAUUAACCAUCAGCACUGCAGACUGGGGACUACAUCUCCCAUCAUGCUCUGCCAACAGGAUCACUGUGAGAGGAUCAUGGGAGAUGUAGUCCACAGCUUCUGAAGUGCAGAAAGUAGAACACCCCUGCUUUAUGUAAAGCCUCUGUGAGCUAUAACAUACACUGAGACUAGGCACUCCGGGAUGGCUUGUAUGGAAUGUCAGAAUUCAACUAAAGUUACCAAUACCCACAGAGGACCCUUCAGCAUUUGUAUAUAUUUAUACUCACGUUUCGACAAAGUUGUUCAUAAAAUCACAUUAAAGGGGUACUCCAAGCACCAGAUACACUGCUAGAACUUAUUGAAGUUGUAUGGUGCAAUGAAAAUGUAGGUGUGGACCUUCUAAUUCUUGUAGAGAUUGUCUGCAUUUUUAAAACACACAGUCCACCCUAUCAGCUUACAAUUUUUUUGUUUGUUUUUCAAAGUGCACUUUUUGGGGGACUUUUAAAAUGUUGACAUCACUGCUUUGGGUGCAGUGGGGUUAUAGUCGUUUUUUUUUUGUUUUGUUUUUUCUUCUUCUGGUGAACGCAGAAUUUUUUUUAUAUUUUGGUGUAAAGUACCAGCUUGUAAACUUGUAAUUAAUCUAAGCUCUGAAACAUGCACUGUCCUAUAAAACAGUUUUCAUGUUUUAAAAUGGAUUAGUCACAUUUUCAAGAGGAUUUUAUUUUAAACCAGCAAUUAAAAGUAGCUUUUACAUGUGUUACCUAUAGUUCAGCGUUGUGUGAUUUAAAGGAUUACUCCAAGCGUCAUGAUCACGUCACUUGUAUGAAGUGGUCAUGGUCAAACCAUAUGAACAAAGAAAGAACCCAAUGGAUAAUAAAGGUUUCCAGCACCUUAUAAAUAUAGUGCACUUACAGAUAGGAACCCCCUCUGGUAGGUUUAUACCUAUAAGGGCAUUAUAUUUAUUGGGAGCUAUUAAACACUGCACAUACAGAGUUUGACACUUUUGCUACAAGAGGUGUAACUCCAUCUCUGGCUGCGUCAUCAAGAGUUCAAUCUGGGCUGGGGAAUCUGAAUUCUAUGCAAAUUCAGUGCAGGUGGCAUUCUGGAGAAAACACGGAAAAAUUAAUUUGCAUUACAAUAUGCAGAUUUAUCUUUACUUUGGGGGGAUACUGCACAUCCGUGGCAUUUGUUGAGCUCAACUUGAUAGAGAAACCAUUUUGGCUGUCUGUCAGAUGGGUGAGUGCCUACUUGCCACUUAAUAAAAGUGCUGAUCUCUCUUGAAAGUGAGGACACUGUUGAUUCCUAUUUGAGUUUUUAUUCAAUCCCAUUAGAAUACUGGAGCAGUGCAUGGGUGAUACAAGUCAGUGAGCAGAAUUCCAAUCUAGCGUGUUUCGUGCCUGACUCAAGAGCAGGAAGACAUAUUGGUUUGAAAGGCUCUUACCCCCAAUGUAUUUUUUUGUUUUUUGUUUUUUUUUAAUCCAAAUAAAUAACUCUGAAAACUGGACUGGACUAAAAAUUGUCAAAUCUACAUUUACACCUGGGAUGACAUUACAUUUAGGAAUUAUACUGAUGGGGUAUUGAAAUGUGCAAUGCUUCAUCCACCACCUAAUGCUCUAGUCAGGGCAACAGUUGGGGUUAUUGAUGGUAGUUGCCCAACAUGUAAUGACAUACAGGGUUAUUCACAAAGUGAGAAUUCAAGGUGAAUUUACAUUGCAUUUCAAAUUGUAGGCCAAAGUAGCUGAGCUGGAAGACAUUUUCCAAUAUAACUACUUUGGCCUAAUAUUUGACAUUAACUUUGAUUCCGCACUUUGGUAAAUAGCCCUGUUAGGCAGUGAGUUUGUGAAUAGAAGUGACCCUGUCGGUGUCACUAUACAGACCUCGAAUUCUGAUGUAGUAUCUGACAUUUCAGGUGCCAGGGUGGUACACAUCUCCUCAUCAGAAAAGCUAUGCUGCUACAUAAGUAAACGGCAGAAACCUGAACUACUAAAUAUCUACAUUUACACACAUUUAAUUUUUUUUUCUAAUUUCUUUUUUAGCUUUUUCUUCGCUCCGAUGUAACUUAAGCUACCACUCGUGUUCCUCCUAAAUACCACCAGAACUAUAUAACUAAACAUGUUGAUUUAAAACAAUCCAUAAGCAACAAUUAUUUCUAAUGAACGUCUAAACAUUCCAACAAAUUCCCCUGAAUAAUACCAGUUCUAAAGUGCGAAAAUUAAAUAGUCCUUUAGUGCUCAGAACUAUUCACAUUUAGACACUCCGAAACACAGGGCUACAGCUCUCUCUUCUCUCUGUCAAAGGUCAGAGUAUUGAUUGCAAAUAAAGAGGAGGACUUUGACAAGCCAUUCAUUACAAUAAAGGCUUAUCAUUUCUGUCAUGCAAGCACUGGGACCUGAUGUCACUGAUUGCAUGGCCAGGUACAUCACUGCCAAGACAGACAGUAAUAGCUCACUGACAGCUGAUCCCAGCAUGCAAAGCUGCAGCUGUCGUCUGCUAUGGUAGGUGACAGCCUCCCUAGGCUGUUACGUGAUAGCAUGUGGAUCUGAUUUAACUUGCGAGUCAGUAAGACUCAAUUUAAAUCAUGAUUUGUAAACAGAAAUACUCAUGCAUGCUGGUUGUUAUAAUUGUAAUAUUUGUGACCAGAUUCAGGGUUUGUUUGUUUUUUUUUUGUUUUUGUUUUUUAGAAUAGUACAUUUUCAGAUUAGUUUAACAGCUGUAUCAGAACUUUUAUUUUUUUUAUUUUUUUUUCAUUUCUUUUUUUUAUCAUCUGACAAGGGUCGUUUGAUAACAUAAGCAACAUGGCUUGUGCAAAAGCCUAUUCAUUCGCAACAUAUUUGAACACUGUUAUACACCUGAUAGCUUAAUGCAUAUCCAACAGAACAUUAGUAGUAGGCUUGUCUAGCUACUCGACAAGGGUUUUUCCAUUUAUUAGACAUAACAUAUGAUGUAAUAUAAUAUACGUCCUGUGUGUUCAUCUCGUCGUUAACAUUACACAAUUGGUACAAUGCAGUAGGGGUGCAUACUGUAGGGAGAUGUCUCAUUCCCCUUGCGUUCCCUUUAUGUUGCAUCCCUGUUUAAUAGGACAAGCUCUGGUUUCAACAGGACGAUGCACUUUUGGUAGUUAUUGUUUAUCACACUGUACAGUAGCGGGUGGUGUCCUACAUAAUUUAGCACAAUGUAGCUAAUAUUAUUGGAUGGUAAAGGUUUUGGUCGGGGGGGAACUCCAUCGCCCGUCCCUUGUGUAGUGUACCCGGACUGGCCGGGGUCGUCCAAUUCGCUAAUUAUGUAAGGUUCGGUUCCUGGGCUCCCCCACGAUAUUAUGAAUCAAGAGAAAAGUAAAAGAGCAUAGAGUAGAAGAAAGUGUAAAGGGUUAGCUACAAAAGAGAGGGGGGGGGGGGAGAGGGACGGGGUUAUACAUCAGUCCCGUGCAGUGUGGCAUUGUGUGAGGUUCCCUGGGGUAUGUCCGUUUCCUCUGGGGGGGGUCCUUAUUUAGCUCCUACCCCUGUCUCACAGGGGUCGGGUGGACUUGGUUCAUCUUAGUCGGGCGGUCAAGUUGUCCAUUAGAUAUACCUCUUUUAUGUUGGAUAUGACCCUCCGAAUUGGUGGCAUUUGUAUUUGUAGCCAAGUCUGCGCUAUCACUCUCCUGGCGGCUGGAGUGAUCUUAUGGAUCAGUUUCUGUUCCCUCUUUGUCCAGUCAUCUAAAGAUCUGCUAAGCAAGUAUGUCCAGGGGUUUAAGUUGGGCGCUCUAUGAGAACGGAUUUUAUUACAUACCAUUAAAAAUACAUAGAUAUUGAUAUUAAUGCAAACUAUCACCAUUUUAACAGGUUAAUCGUAUUUGGAGUACAACUUAAAUUACAUGUGUUCAUUGUGUGUACAUCACUUUGCAGACUAACCAUGGGACUGAGGUCUUUUUUUUGAACGUUCCAUGCUUAUUUCAUCUUUGUUGUGAAAAAGUGCAUGUUAUCUUUGGCACAUGUUCAGAUAAUUUAGAUUAAUGUAAUUAAUUUACAAAAAAAAAUUAAAUAUUGCAUUAGUAUACACCCUUAUGUUCUAUAACUAAUGCCUAUUCCGUGCUGAAUAACCUUUGGACUAAAUUGGAUCUUAAUGUACAUUAUAAUGUAUCUUAAAGGGAUACUAUAAUGACAGGAAUACAAAGCUGUAUUUUUAGCACUAUACCUGCCUCUGCCUCCACCCCCCUGCCAUGGUGAAUAAAGGGUUAGAAACCCUUUAUUUUCUUACCAGAUCCCAGCGCCACCGCCAAUGUCACUUGAUGUCCCUUCUAUGGGGAAAUAGCUGACGCUGGAUGUCCUCAUGCAGAGCGUGAGGAUGUACAGAGUCGGUUAGCGGACAUAAAGUCCGGAAACCUUCCGGAAGCGCCUCUAGUGACUGUCUGGUAGAAGGCCACUAGAGGCUGCUUUAGUGCUGCAAUGAAAACAUUGCAGUUUUUAUAAAACAGCAAUGGUUUACAUUGCAGCACGAAGUCCACUCCGUGCACCAUAAAGGUACAUUUCUGCUUUACUUAGUUUUCUAAAUAGGGUGAUAGCUGAGUGUAACAGCUGACUUUCUCAGCAGCCCCUAUUCCAAGGUGUAACGGAUCGCCUGGCACCCUGACUGGGUACCCCAGUUUGACGGAUGCUCCAAGCACUCCACUAGAAACCAUAACCACCGCAGACCCCACGAACCACCGAGCUUGGUUGGGGUCUUGCCGUAGUCCACCCACUCUGGACCCAAGACCAGGAUCCAGCUUCCAGUAGGUAGUCCUGUCUUGUAAUCCAGAGAGCAGGAACAGCUCUUAAAAGAGCCAGUGAUUAUAGCAGUCCCCAGAGUGUAGUUCUCCAAUCCCCCAAACAUGAGCCAAGACUUCAUGAAGGGUAGAACAAGUCUGAGGCUUUAUUGGUACAAGUUUGCUUAUAUACCAUUCCUCAAGCUAGACGCACACCCCCUUUAUCUGAUGGAACAGAGGCACACAAACCAAUCAGAAAAAUACAACAUGUCCGACACUCCCAUUUACAGCACACAAUCCCUCCCCUCUACAAAGACAAUGGAUUAACUAAAUUAUCUCUAAGCAGAAAAAAACAUAAAUUUUUACAAACCCCCAAAAGUGCCACAAAAAACAACAUAUCCCCACAUCACCUGAUAGCCCCGAUCUGGGUGAACAACAUAUCCAAAAAUCACCCAGAUCGGUUCAGGGGUUCAGGAAUUUCCUGGAAGUCUUAUUUUUGCCCCACUGCGCACAUGGUCCCAUGUCCAAAACAGUUCCAUACACUCAACAGCAAAACACUGCUGGACAAUUUAAGACGGCCGCCGCCACAUGUUUGAAUCUGUUCCAGUUAAAAGUCCAAGGGGCAGAAACAGUACUUUUGAACGUGGGUUAUCACAGGGCCCAUAGUCCCAGGGUAGGAGGCUGGCACACAGGCCCCUCCAAAAAACAGUGGUGAAGUGGAUUUCGUCACACAAGACUUUAAUAAUUAGCGAAAAUCAUAAAUAAAAGUAGCGUGGCAGUGAUCUGUAUUGUCAUAUAUAGUUUGGGGUUAAAUCAUUUAUUAAUAGUUUAUCCUCUUAAGAUAAAAUGGCAUCUGGAAUCUCCAUGCACCUUAACAAAUUUAUUGCAAUUAAGUUGUUAUGGUUCCUAGAGUGUCCCUUUAGUUUAAGUGUUUACUUGGGGAGGAAAGAUUGGAGAACUGUUAAAAUAAGAUCACUUUUUUUUUUUUCUUCCUUUAAAAAGCAUGCUUCAUCGUGUUACUCUAAAAUACAUCUCAAAAGCACAAUAUGGAGUGAUCUACAGUCUCCAAACAAAUCUAUCUGUGCAGAGUUCUGUGAUUUGUGACAAAUUGCCAAACGCAAUGCUUUUUUCACAAAGUAUAACAAAGGAUUACUUGAAAUGCAUCACUUGCAUUAUAGAGAAUUAUUCUGUUUCUGCCAGGAUACUGCCUGCUUAUUGCGUUAAUGUCUGCAUGAACGAAUACAUUACUAUUUUCGUCAUUCACUGCCAGGAUGCUCAUUAUAAAGAACAUGGUUUCCAAAGAAAGAAAAGUCAAUAUUUGCAGAAUGGGUUGUUGGUGCAUUAAAAAACAAAUUAUAAAAAUUAGACUAAAAUAGCAAACUGAGACUGGAUUAGAGCUGGCUAAUUUUUCCAAAAGGGCAAUGAGCUGAAAGUUAAAUUGUAACAUUUAGGCCCAAAUUGCAGUAUGUUGUAUAAUGAAUAAACCUUCUCACCGUCUUUCUCCACAAUGUUGUGGAACCAAAGAACAAAAUGUUUGUCAUUAUAUCUUCCAACUUUUCACACAUUUUAUGUUCUCUUGUGUUUAUCAGGAAUGAAAAGGAGCUGGUGAACGGCAGUGAAAGCCAGCAAAUUAAAGUCACACCUGUACCCUUCCAGAGAAGAAAGCGGAUAUCCACUUUACCCAACUUGGCAAAACCAAGGGCUUCCAUUUCCUCCUCUGCGGUUACACCUUCACAGAAACCUUCUCCAGUGGAAAUUCCAUUAGUUCAACCCAACAAUAACGCUCCUGUGAAGAAUGAAGUCUCCUCACCCGAGAAACCAAAGCUACCAUCUUCUCCAAAGUCUCCCACAUCUCAUGGACCUAUUCUGGGGCAACCUCAUCCUCUUCCAGAAAAGAGGACUCCGGUGCCACAUCUGCCACAAUUUUCCCCUCAUAAGAAACCUGCUCUUAAAUUACUUGAUUCCUCCCCUGGUAAAAGUGUUCAGCCUUUGACCAAGGAGGAGCUAUGUCCCCUUAAAGAGAGACCUUCACAGGAAUCGAGUGUGAAUGAAGCGUCUCUCAGUAGGACUAAGCCUACUCCCAUUAAGAAGGUGGUGGUUGAUGUGGAGAAAGAGCGACUUAGAAGGGCUCAGAAGUUAAGAGAUCUGUUACGGGAUGAAUUAAGGAAAGAGCGGGUGAGCAAUUUUAUAUUUAUUGAAUGGUUUUGUCACCUUUUUUAAAAAAAAACACAGCUGUUCUUUUAUACUACAUCUCGGCGAUCAAACUAAAAAUAAUCGAGUGCCUAAUGCCAUUUAUUUUUGUUUUCUGCUGGUUAAAGGACCGUUAUAGGCACUCAGACCACUUCAGCUAAAUGAAGUGGUCUGGGUGCCAGGUCCAUCUAGGGUUAACCUUGCAGCUGUAAACAUAGCCGUUUCACAGAAACGGCUAUGUUUACAAUAGGAUUAAUCCAGCCUCUAGUGGCUGUCUCAUUGACAGCUGCUAGAGGCGCUUCCGCUCUUCUCACUGUGAAAAUCACAGUAAGAAGACGCUUGCGUCCAUAGUAAAACAUUGAAAAAUGCUUUCCUAUGGACUGAUUAAAUGCACCGGCGCUGGAGAAAAGUUAGAGUUUAACCCCUUUCUCCCCCUUCUGCCCAGCAAGAGUGGGACCCUGAGGGUGGGGAAGUUUGUUUUCCUGGCAUUAUAGUGGUCCUUUAAGUAAUUCAGAUUGCGCAAAAAAAUAAAUAGAAUGUUAACAUUUGGUUUACAUAUAAGAUGAUAAAGACAGAUUUUGUAUACUUAACCAUUAAAGGAACACAGACCAUGCAAGCUCACUGAAGUGGUCUGGGUGCAAUGUCCCUGUCUCACUUAGUCCUGCAAUGUAAAUCAUUGCAGUUUUAUAGAAACUACAAUGAUUACCUUGCAGGACUAAGAAUGCAUCUAGUGGCUGUCAAACACCCACAAUAGGCACUUUUUGCGUGCUAGGCGACUUUGGUUUUUCUCUGACGCUGGAUGUCCUCAUGCAGAGCGUAAAGACGUCCAGCGUCCGUAUGUGACCAAAAGUGAGUGCAGUAUUUUUUUUUUAUUAUUAUUUUUUUAACACUUAAAGUGCCGGGUUGGGAAUACAGCUUUUGUAUUCCUUACACUAUAGUAUCCCUGUAAGAUCACCGUAGCUGUGAUGUCUUUGCUGCUCCAUAAAGCCCUGCAAACUGAUGGGUCUUUGUAUUUUAGUAUUAAAGGCUGGUUAAAUACACCCACAGCUAUACAGACUUAUUGAGAAGUUCAUUGGAUGGUUAUAUGUGAUGCCUAUUAGAGGCAGGUGAUGUAUAUGUAGAAUAAACAUACAUGUUGGAAGGCGCUAGGCAAUCAUACGCGUAUGUAGCACAAUGAUCCACAACUUUCUGUUUAUAUGAGUGGGUCUUUAUCAAGUCCUGACAUGGCAAAAUCUAUAACAAAAACAACCUUUUUAAAAUGUUGCUCUUGUCUGCAAUAUGGAAGUUAGGGGAGAAAGCAUGUGUUCAGUUUCAAAGCAAAUUGUAGUUUUGACUUACAUUAACGUUGAUGUUUAUUUUAAUGAUGUUCGGUUUUUAAUUGUUAUGCAGUUUUACACUGUUGCAAUCUGCACAAAUUCUCCAAAUUCAAUAAGUGUUUGUUUUAUGUUAUCUUAAAUAAGAAUAUUUCAUAUUAAAGGAUCACUAUAGUGUCAGGAAAACAAAGCUGUUUUCCUGACACUCUAGUGUCCUGAGGGUGCCCCCACCCUCAGGGUCCCCUUCCCGUGGCGCUGAAGGGGUUAAAACCCCUUCAGUUACUUACUUUAAUCCAGCGCCGGGCUCAGCUCCCCCGUCCGACGUCAGUGGAGCCGCAUGCGCAUUCAAAGUGUCCGUAGGAAAGCAUUUCUCAAUGCUUUCCCAUGGACGCUCUGUGCGAUGGAUGCGAAAUUUGCAUCCAGCAUCGCAGAUGUGCCUCGAGUGGCUGUCCGGAAGAGGAUGGAUUAACCCCAAAUGUAAACAUAGCAGUUUCUCUGAAACUGCUAUGUUUGCAUCUGAAGGGUUAAAACCUGAGGGACCUGGCACCCAGACCACUUCAUUAAGCUGAAGUGGUCUGGCUGCCUAUAGUGUCCCUUUAAAGUCUACAUUUGUGAGUACAGUUUUGCUUUGGGUGCAUUUUCAUUGUCCGGCAAUACUCCGUGUUCUAUGUUUGGAGUUUUGGACCAGUUGAGGAAACCUAAUCCAGAUUCAACAUGUAAUAUUUUUAGGGAGAUAUUGGUUAGUUGGCCCAUAUAUUAUUUAUUUAUAUAUUUCGGGCGGUGUCUGGAUGUGCUCAGGAAUUUCACAUUUAAGGCCAAAGUAAUCAAAACGGAAGCAUAGUUAUCUUGGAUAAUGUUCCAGUUUGACUAGUAUGGCCUUUAAGGGUUACUUCAGCCUCCAUGAUCAUGUCUGGUUUUAGAAGUGGUCAUGGAGAUAGGACUCUGUAUGUACAGCGUUUCUGCUCUUUUGAGCCAGGAACUAAUAACUCCUACAGCACAUGUGACUUAGGCAGCCUGGAACUGGGCUGCCUAUUGUUAAAUCUGUGUGUUUUGUUUUUUGUUUGUUUUUAAAAAUGUCUGUCAGUGCACUGUGCACAGCUUUUACCCUUGCAGGCAGCGUUCGGUGUGUGCCUGCAGGAAGCUUGAAUGUUCCCUCUCUGUCCAUAAAUAUUUUAAUGCAAAUUUUAUUUAAAAAUAGAUAAAUUAAAAAAGUAUGUUACUCUAUUUUUUUCCCCCCAUGUUUUUAAUGUCCACCUCUGACCACUCCUCACAGCCUCCCUCAUCUCUGGCUCAGAGUAUACAUAUAAUUGGGCCUCAGAGAGGGAAGAAGUGAUGGCGGACGGGGCGUGUAAAGCAGGGAAACUUAAUCUGUGAAAUAAUCUACCUGUAACAUGGGGUUGACGACUUUUUUGGAGUUGAAUACCUGAACUAGGCAAAAUAAUAUAGAAAGCUUCCAUGACAUGUAAAACCUUAAACCGGCACUGCUACCAUCCUCCACCCCCACCCCUGCAAACCGAUUAUUUCGUAAAGAAAGAACCUUUAUCAAAUACUCGUAUUGGCUGAAAUUCCAAGCCAGUAAAAAUAUUUACUGAGACAAGGUAGGGACUACUUUGUCACUGUAUAUUUCCUCAACCUGACACUUCUAGACACCAGACCGAGCUACCACUGUCUAGAACUGUCCACCCCUCAGCCGUCACUGAUGACGGGUGCCGGGAAUUAGAUUUGUCUAUGGAGAGUCUAGCGAGAUACGCUAUAGCCCUCAAUGUUGUACUCUCGUCCAUUCGCAAGAGUACAGCAGACAUGUCUGCUGAAGCUCCAGUUGCAGAGGAGGACCUGCUGGACGAAGAUGGUGGCGCAUGCGAGGGACAGGUUCGGCUAAGUUAAACUCUCCUUUUUCUGGCCACCGGACCCCCAGGGCGAUGUGUUUGCAAAUAAUGCAAAGUCCCCAGACAGUGACAGUGCUGCUUAAGUGGGGGAGAAAAUUGUACCGCGCCUUCUUAUAGAUUUCUUCUAUGGGAUUCAAAUUAUUUGUAAAUAAAAUUUUCUAAUUCAACAUAAAAAAAUUUUUAAAAAAAAAUUAUGACAGCAGUAUUUUUUAAAUUUUUUGUUAAUUUUUUUUUUCCCAUCAGAUCACUGGUUUAUGUGCAACUUGUUCAUACGAUAAAACUUGCAGUAAAAAAAAGCCACACAUUUUGAAGACAUUUAUAUAACUGCAUGCAAUCAAUGCAUUUUUAAGUUUGAAAGUCUAACCUUUCGAUUUUUAAAUAUAUCAUUGUUGUUUGCGAGUGAAACUUAAACAGUUUUUUUUUUUCCCCCUCCUCUAUAGAAAGCAUGGAAAGAGAAACAUCCCAUAAUAGAUACCAGUAUUGAACCAGAACGGUCCAAAAUGACUAUGAGAGAUUUUGUACAUUUCAUCCCUGUCAACAACCCCAUGAAGUAAGUAUCUCAGUGUUUGAGGCUAAUUGGAGGCAGCCUUUGGGUAAUGGAGAGAUUUCACCCAGCCUCUUUAGUUCUGGUUUGAUAACCUGGUUUUGAAUACGCUUUUCAAAUUACCGGCCUACCAAUCGUCCCGGACAUCUGAAAACUGUCCCCAAUAAGUGUAGCGUGCGUGCAUCAUUAUCUGCAUGAGCGCUAUGCCAAGGGCUCUAGGAACAUUCAGAGAGCCAGAGAUGAAUUUUCGUUCAUAUCAGGCUGGCCUGUUAGUUCUUCUGGUGGAACAGCCCUCAUUCCAGGUGGAUCCAUCUUCUUUAGGUUGCACCGGUGAUGCGAUUUUGCCGAUGUCAUUGGGUAUGAAAUGAUCACAACGUGUUUGAAAAACUUUUCAAAUAAAUUAUCUACAAAGUUUCCUUGGACAUUAAUGGUGACUGCUGGAGAUAAACAGAUUGUGGUCAUUUUCAAAAAGCUUAGCCAAAAAUAAUUUAAUUGAGGCCUUAGUUGGUAAGCUGCUACAGAUAACCUGCAGAAUCCUUCCUGAGAUAACGGGUCAUGUUGUGAUGUAUCUUACAUGCCCAGUGGCAUAUUCUGGCAUACCGGUAGUCCCCCUGAAUUAAAAAAAUUAGAACAUUUCAGAAUUGUACAGUGUUGGGGAAUUUGGCGCUAUACAAACAAUAAUAAUAAUCAUUUUAUCUGUGUGAUUAUGGUCUGUUAUGGGGGGGGGGGGGGGGGAGGGGAGAUUUCCACCUUCCCUCUCCCACACCAGCAGAAAUAUUUUUAGGUAUUCUUGUUUAGAUUACUAUGCAAAUGUCAAAUUACAUGAUAACUAGAAGCAUCUUAAUCUCUAUCACAUUUUGCAGUUGUUAUGGUGAAAUUAGUUUUUGGUACCAUUUAUCUCUGUACUGCCAAACAUUUUGUUGAAUUGAUUAAUGGACAUGGUGGCUCUUUUGGCAUCCACAGCACAGUCACUUGCAUGGUGCUCAGAUAAUGCUGAAGAUUCACUAUCCCAUCCUUGGAAAAAUGCUCAUAUCCAAGCUAGGGACUGUAGCCUAUCCAUAAUAUCCAAUGUUUGUGGUAAGAGGUGUGUUUGUUCAGGUUGUGACUACAAACAGAAUGUAUCCUGUAAUAAUUCACUUUUUCGUUUUUAGAUCAUCUUUUGAAGAAAGAAAGAACAGUGAAAAAUCUCAAAGCACUGAAACUCCAAUCACCACGUGAGUCUUUAGUAAAUCUGUUUUUUGUUUUGUGUUUUUAUGUUGGCGUAUGUAUUGUACCUUCUCAACUUUUGUUAGUACAUUAAAUCUCUGUGUAGAUUUACAUUUGCAGUUUUUUUUAAACUUUGAUUUGUAAUUGGUAAAUAGGAUCCUACAAAGUGUGCUUGUCCUGCAGAGAUGAUCUUGCAAUCUCUUUAUAAGGGGUAGCACAAUUUUAAUGUAAAACAAACACGAAAGAACCUAUAACUGAGAGUUUAAAUGGAUGUAUAGUACACAUGCUGGGUCUAACUGUACUUACUGUAUGUAGUCAUUAUAUCCACAUAUAGAUAUUUUUUAUAUUCCAGCAGGAUUUUUAGGUAGCAGCUUUCCCAAAAAUUACCUUUUACUAAUGCACGUAAACGGAUAUUUUGAAAUUAUGAUUUUUUUUUUUUUUUUUUUGUCACAUCUUCUGUAUGUGACAGGCUGAUUUUUUUUGCUAAUAUUUCAGACUAUCUAAAAGAUUGCGAGGUAAGAAAUACCAUAUCUCUAAAACUUUAUUUGUCAAUACUUCUGGCAAAGAUGAGAGAUUUUUUUUUUUUUUGUGUGUAGAUUUGCAAGCAUUACUAUUCAUUUUAUUAUUUUGAAUCUGUUUUUCUAUUAUUGCAAAUCUUGUUCCAUCAUUUUUUGUUUUAUUUUAGAUCUGACGUAAAAAACACCACUCUUGAGGAAGAUGGUGAUCUAGAUGAGGAGGAAGACGAUAGCCAGUUUGUAGUCCCUCGUGUGAAAGUAGCAGAAGAUGGGUCCAUUAUACUUGACGAGGAAAGGUAUAUCCUUGUGUUUCAUUUUUAUUUAUUGUUUAUAUCAAAGUACCAUGAGAUUUUGUUAAAAAAGAAAAUGAUUGCCAAAGUAGACUGUCCAUAAAAUGGAAUUCUGUGGAUUGACUAGAACAAGCAAUGACCCCAGUGAUUUCUGUCAAAAAUGCAGAGAAUUCCAAAACUCUUGCCUUUCAUAAUAUUAAUUAAUAUUUCAUUUUGGUAAUUUGAAAAAUUGGACAGCUAUCAUUGUUAUGGUUAUGAAUGUAGUUAGUACAGCUUUUCAUUUUUAACAAAAAUUAUAUAGAGACUCUACUUUGGACGUCCAUAUAUUGUGCGUGUAGAGCACAAAGACGCUUUAAGGUAUGUUAUAUACCCCAUUAAUAGUGCCCCAGUGUGUAACUUCUACAUUAGUUAUUCUGAGGAACAGGGGCUGAACCACAGGUGCUUCAGGCAUCCCCAGUGUGGUCAAGCCAUUUGAAAACCAUUUAUCUGAGGGGGGGCGGAGCCUGACUGCUGAGCAGGACAGACGUGCUGCAAACCAGCUCCUGCAAAAAACGACAACAAUGGGGAAAAAUACCCCAAACACAAAAUCACCCACAAGUCAGAGGGCAUGGGACGAGCUGGGGAAACCCGGGGGCAUCGAAGGAACCCACAAACGAGACUCACACUGCCCGGGAUCCCACGCAAAGCACAUGGGGCCUACAUGCGGCCGAGCCAGGGAGAGACGGCCGCUCUUCUGGAUGGUAAAACCGCACACACACCCCUCAGUGCACCAGCCUUCCCCCUCCCCCCCCCCGGCCGGCGGGGGUCAUCCCGGCCCGCACUCGACAUCCACAAUCACCAGCAGAGACAGCAGUACAAGCCUGACCCUGACAAGCAAGGCUACAACCUCCUACAAGGCGCACCUAAAAUGGCGGCCGGCAGCGGGAUAUGCAGGAUGACCAUGCGACCGACACAACCGCGCUGGAGAGACCCACUGCAAAGCUUAGAGGUGAUACUGACCCACUUCUGGGAUAUCCACACACAGCGGCAACAACCAACGGGGGAAGGGACCUCGCAGCGCCCUGGACCCACAUGCCAAUCCCUCAGAGCCGGGGUCGGCUGACCAAGACGGCAUGACCUAGAGACAGUCUGUGCCCCUGCAGCAGAGACUCUGCACGAUCCCACCGCACAGUAUGUCUCGCACUGAGCUCAGAACUGGCCCUAACAUCUCACAGCAGAGACUGUAAGAUACAUAUAGCAGCAGUGGAGCAAGCAACACAAUAUAAUAACCACAGGCAAUUAGCUUGUUAACCAUAGAUCAUUUAGCCGCUGUUUAUCCUUUGCACCUGUGUUCUAAUGCAUGUCAGUAUCUACCUUUAAAAAUGUGCAGAUUCCACUAACUGCUUUUGAAUGUUACCAUUGUUUUUAUGCAGGGCACCUUUAUGCUCAGAGUGAAUAGAAACAGGGCUACACAAUGAAGGCUAACUCUAGCAAUGUUAACUGCUGCAUGUUGUGUCUAAGCUUAAAUACACACAGUUUAACUUUUUAAUGUAGUUUUACAUCAAGUUACUGCUAACUGCAACCGUGCUUAUACAAUAUGACUACGAAUUUAACCUGAAUCCACUCUCUAAGCACUUGUCUACUCCAAUCUCUAGAACCACUGUAUGUUUACUGUCUCAAGCUUGAAACCCCAUCGUGACCCACCGCAACAGUCAUACAAAGCUAGCCUGUAUAUAGCAUGUUUAAAAUCUUUAAAGUGUCCCCAGUCUGUUAUUUUUCUCAUUACAAAAGACGACGCAACUGUUUAACCAAACUUGUUAAAAAAAAAAAAAAAAUUUAAAUGUGCAGACUCUCAUGCCACUGUUAUACCAAUGUAUAUUUUCCAAUACGCUGUUGUGGCGUCUAUUGAUUCCUUGUACCUACCUGCACAGCAAAAAUAAAGAAUUAAAAAAAAACAAAACCAUUUAUCUGAGAACAAUCGCAUGUUGACAACAGCAUAAUUGACAUGUAGUAGUUAUGGUGUAUAGACAUUACCUAUAAGGGUAACCACUGUAUAGAUUAUAGAAUUAUAAACUGAUGACUAAUAUAUUUAUUGUUUUUGUCUUCUGGUUUUUUAGUUUAACAGUGGAAGUAACCAGAGCAAAAGCAGCCAUAGUUGAAGAAAAUGAUCCAAUUUUUGAGAGAGGCUCCACAACCACCUACUCUAGUUUUCGAAAGAACACUCAUUCUAAGCCAUGGUCUAAUCAAGGUAGUGGCAAUUUGUGAUAAAGUAGGUUUAAGAGACACUCCAGACCCCUAAAGCACUUUCACUUGCUUUAUGCCUGAAGAGUGUGUCGCUUUUUAUAUUUUUUUUAUUUGACAAAAAUUCAACAUUUCAGUAGAAAUAGUAACUUUCAUAAAGUUAAGCUUGUUACGCCCCCAGGGCUGUCCAUCAGACUGGUUCGGUUCGCUCAGUGGAACUAAACUCAUGAAGCCACGAUUACUUAGAGCACCUGCCUUACAUUGAGCUGUUAAAGGGAAGUCUGUGAUUGGACAGCCGCAGAAAGUUUGGGCGUGCAAAAAGGGAAGGCGUGCAAAGGCUGUAGACAAAAGAAAUGCAGAUUUUGCAAACUCUUCUUAGAUCUAUCCCCACUGGAAAAAAAAAAGUAUAAUUAAAUGAAUGCAUAUUUUAAUUGGGGGUGCAUCUAUUAAUUUUAUAUAUAUUAUAUAGGGAUCGACCGAUUAUCGGUUUUACCGAUAUAAUCGGCCGAUAUUCGGUAUUCUCGGCAAUAUCGGUAUCGGCCAAUUCAGAUACCGAUACUGCCGAUAAUACCUCCUAGGACCGCCGGGCUCAUUACAAACCCGGCGGUCCUGGGGGGGCGGAGAGCAAGCGCUUACUCACCUCCCAGCAGCUCCUCCAGCUCCCCAAUGCAACUCUCGCGAUACCCGCGGCCUUCCGAGCGUUGCCAUGGAUCACCAUGGCAACGCUCCACGCGACACGCUGGCCGCGAGAGUUGCAUUGGGGAGCUGGAGGAGCUGCUGGGAGGUGAGUAAGCGCUUGCUCUCCGCCCCCCCAGCUCAGCCAAUACCACCAGGGACUGUCAUAUCCCCCCUCCCUGGCCAGGUAACAAGCAGGGAGGGGGGACAACAAAAAUAAAUAAGAAUUAAUUAUACAUUUUUUUAAAAAUAAUUUAAUAAAAAAUGCCCCCUCACACACUGCAUUAUAUACACAUACACUACACAAACACACUGUGUAUAUAAUACAGUGUGUGUUUGUAUACAAUGCACACAAAUACACUGCAUUAUAUACACACACUAUACAAACACACUGUGUAUAUAAUGCAGUGUUUGUGUAGUGUGUUUAUAUAAUGCAGUGUGUGUUUGUGUAGUGUGUUUAUAUAAUGCAGUGUGUGUUUGUGUAGUGUGUUUAUAUAAUACAGUGUGUGUUUGUGUAGUGUGUAUAUAAUGCAGUGUGUGUGUUUGUGUAGUGUUUAUAUAAUGCAGUGUUUGUGUAGUGUGUUUAUAUAAUGCACACUACACAAACACACUGCAUUAUAUACACACACACUGCAUUAUAUACACACACUCUGCAUUAUAUAAACACACUACAUUCACUAUACACACACACUACACAAAUACACACACACUCUGCAUUCAUUAUAUACACACACACUUUGAAUUUAGUAUAUACAGCAUUCACUUUACGCACACUACCCACACACUCUGCUUUCAUUAUAUACACACUACACUAAUACACACUGCAUCCCCUACACAAACACACAUUGCAUCCUCCACACACUGCAUCCACAACACACACACUACACAAACACACACUGCAUCCACUACACACACUACACAAACACACACAGCUCCCCUGUCACACUGCAUCCACUGCACGUUGCAUGUAUAUUUUGUGCAUUUACCUUUAGAAAUAGUUUUUAUUUUCCAAAAUGGUAAAUGUACAGAAUAUCGGCAAAUUAUAUCGGCUAUCGGCCUGAAAGUUCACAGAAUAUCGGUAUCGGUAUCGGCUCUAAAAAAUCAAUAUCGGUCGAUCCCUAAUAUUAUAUGAGCAGGGGAGUGUUGCUUUAAUCUCCUCUUUAACAGCGCAGUAAAAGAUUUUCAUUAAAUAACGUAUAUUAAUAAAUUUACUGCAAGUGUAUUCACAUAUUAGCUUUCAUAAUCUGGUAAAAGCCACUAUGUAUAAGUUUAUACACGAACGUGGAAACUUUACAAGGAAGUUGACUGUUUUAGGCCAAGAUAUCCUAGGUACGAGUGGAGUUGGAGAUUUCUUUCUAAUUUGACUAUUCUGGUCUAAAAUGUUCAAUUCUCUGCAUUUCCCCGGUUUAGUGAAUAACUCACAUAGAGGAACUGGCCUCUUCUGUUUAAAGGAUUGUGUAUUCUGCUAACAAGUACAUGUUUGCGCUGAGAUCAUGGUCACUUGAGAGAGUUACUAUGCAUGUAGCAGCUGGUGUUGCGCAUAUUCUCUCAGGUUCACAUGGGAACAAUGUAUUUGUAAAAGGUCUCUUCCUUUUAUAGAGGAACAGUUGCUUCUUUCUUCACCCCAAUAAAUGCUAGGUGAAUAACGCCAUGGAGGAAAGUAAAGUAAAAGGUUAUUAACUACCAUUUUCCACAUUGUAGCCAUUCUGAUUUCAGUUCAUUGUGGAUUUUGGGGAAUAAAAGUAUUUUAAAUCUGCUUUUUAAAAAAAAAAAAAAUUAUUAAUAUUGGUUGCGCACGUUUAGUAAGAACACCUGCUGUGAUUAUGGUUAAAUGCUUCACUUGAUUACUUGCAGUAGGUCAUUCUGGUCAGUCUGUUUCCGACCGGUUUCCAGUAAUUGAAUGAAAUGUUUCUCUCUUUUAUCUUUUAGAGACAGAGAUGUUCUUUUUAGCGAUCAGUAUGGUUGGGACAGACUUCUCCAUGAUCGGUCAGCUCUUCCCUCACAGGGAGCGUAUAGAGAUCAAGGUAAAAUGGGAUUUCUAUUCUCUUGAGCAAUUAAUUAUAUACUUGUCUGUAUAGGUCACAAGACCCAUAUAUUUUAUCUGAUGUUUAUCCAGUCCUGUUUAAAUGUAUGUGUUUUAUGCAUUUGUGUGUCUGCGUAUCUAGUUUUGAAAAGGGGAAAUACUUUGCUUUGUUUACGUCAAUCUGAAUAUUGAUUUGAUUUAUUUUUAAUUUUUUUCCACCGUUUUGUCUUAUUUUCUGUUUGUUUUAUUCUCUAAAGCACAGAAAUAACAUAGUGAUCAUUUUUAAUAAAGAUUCAAUAUAGUGUCUUGUUUCCUUUUUAAUUUCAGAACAAAUUUAAGCGAGAAGAACGAGCGAACGGCUGGAGGAUUGACAAAGCUUUUAGUAAGUUUGAUUUAUUAAGGAAAAUAAUGUCCAAAGUGUCUAAAAUUAACUGCAUUGGAUUUUCUGUAAUGGAAUCGGUUCAGACAGGUGCCCUUACUUCUUCCUUUAAAAAAAAAUAUUUUUAAAGUUUUACAUUUAAUAUAAUGUAAUGAUUUUAAAGGAUGCUGACUUUAUUUUUUAUUUUUUUGGAGAAAACUUCACAUUUUUGUCUGACUGAGCAGCCAUGUUGGAUCAGACUCUGCUACCUGAUCAGCUGCUGCUCAGCCUAAGUUGCCUGCUGCUGUUUGCUCUGUGUGAACCUGCAGCAAGCAAGUUGAACAGCAGCUGGUGAGAUAACAAAAGAAUCUGAGGAAAAAUGUCUUCUCUGAAAUUUUCUCAAGAAAACAUACAUAAAAGAAAAAAAAAAUAAUUAAAGGGACACUAGUCACCAAAACAACUUUAGCUUAAUGAAGCAAUUUUGGUGUAUAUAGCUUGACUCUGCAGUCUCGCUGCUCAAUUUUCUGCCAUUUAAGGGUUAAAUCAGUUUGCUUGUGCAGCCCUAGUCACAUCUCUCUGCACGUGAUCUGCACAGCCUUUCUAAACACUUCCUGUAAAGAGUCCUCUAAUGUUUACACUUCCGUUUUUGCAAAUUCUGUUUAAUGCAGAAUUUAUCUCCUGCUUUAAUAGCUUACUAGACUCUGCAGGAGCCUCCUGUAUGUGAUUAAUGUUCAAUUUAUUGAGCAAGAGCUAAAAAUGUUUAAAGUAAGUUACAUCUGAAAAUGAAACCAUUUUGUUUUCAUGCAGGCUCUCAGUCACAGGCAGAGGAGGUGUUGCUGGAGCUGCACAAACAGAAACAAAAGUGGUUUAACUCUUAAAUAGCAGAGGAUAGAGCAGUAAAACUUCAGGGGCACGAUCUAUACACAAAAACUGCUUCAUUAAGCUGAAGUUGUUUUGGUGACUAUAGUGUCCCUUUAAGUGUUGAAUGUUAUUAAAAAAAUUUUUUUACAAAAAGUAAAUGGUGACACGUUAACAUUUUUAUGUAUGUCCUACUUCUGGCCACUAACACAUUGUGGAAAUUAAUAUUGCCUUGAUUGUUUGUAAUUUUUCCAUGAGUGGCUUAUGUCUACUUUCCGGAGAGGAAAAGAAAAGAUAUCUUAUUAUUCAAAGUACUAACAUAUUGUUGUUUUGCAGGUGAAAAACAAGCCUUUGACUUUGAUUUUUUUGCCAAGCUCCUUGAAAGGGCACUGGCAGAAAAGACCAAAAAGCCAAGAUCUCCAAGAGUUAAAAAACCACAAGAGAAAAAAUCGCCCAAAACACGCAAGAAGCAGAAAGGUAAUUACUGUGACUGAAGUAGAUUUACUCUACGGACGUGUUUGAUAGCAUUUAAAAUUAGGAAACCUUUAGCAAUAUAUCCAAGUCAUGUUGCUGUUAUAAUUAUUAUCACAGAUAAACAAGCAGCAGAGUCAAAGAGCAAAGACUGUGACGAAAAUGAGGCCAAUUUGUCAGAAGGCGAAAUGGCGGACUCUAGGAUCGCGGAGAAGGAGAACGAGGAGACGCUAGGAUUAAAUGAUAGUCAGACUUCCUUAGAUCUCGCCCCUGUUAAAAAGAAACGGCAACGCAAGAAAAAAGAAGCAGAUUCUGUCGACUCUGUAGAAGAGGAUAAUUUACAGAAUGGAAAAAAAUCCAGAAAGAAAAGUAAGAUAGAUCUUCUCGGCAGAAAUAAAUAUUUAAAUGGGAUUUUUAACAUGAUGUUUACUGGUCCCCUAUAUGUAAAGGAAUACUAUGGGCACCAUAAAAACUUAAUUAAAAUGGAGUUGUUUUUGUGCCAUGAGUUCCCUGGCAGUGGCUUACCGUAAGAAGAUAAACCGUUUGUGGGCAUUCUUGGAGUUACUCUUUAAUGUAUUCUUAUGGUGCUUGAAAUGAUCCGUUAAUGUAUUCUUGCUAUUAGUUUUGCUAACACAAUGUAUUAUCAUACCCAUCAUUAUUAUUGCAGAUAAACAAGAGACGGAACCAAAGAGCAAAGACUGUGAUGAAAAUGAGGCCAAUUUGUUAGAAGGCGAGGUGGCGGACUCUAGGACCUCUGAAAAGGAGAACGAGGAGUCGCUAGGAUUAAAUGAUAGUCAGACUUCCUUAGAUCUCGUCCCCGUUAAAAAGAAACGUCAGCGCAAGAAAAAAGAAGCAGAUUCUGUCGGCUCUGUGGAAGAGGAUGGUUUACAGAAGGGAAAAAAAUCCAGAACGAAAAGUAAGAUGCAUAUUAUUUAUGUAUUAUUUAAUUUCACAUAAGAUAUGUCAGGGGUCAUCGAGUUUUUGUGAACUACAGAUCCGAUCUGCAUCAGCCGGAAAUGCUGAGUAGGACAAAUUCUAUUGUCUCUUAUAUAUUGCUUUGCAGAGUACAUUUGACAAAGAUUAAAGAUGUACAUAUGGAUCCUGAAUUUGACAUCCAUUCAGAAUGUUUUUUUUUUUUUUUUAUAUAAAGGUUUGUUAGAUACAGGAUUGAAAUAAAAACAAUACACCGGGUAUAACCUAAACGUGUAAGAAGAGAGAGGGUUGCAUUUCUUUUUAUUGCAGCUGUUGAAAAGUAUUGCAUUUUUGUAACUGACUGAUUCAUGUGUUGAAGAGGCUGUAUUACUCAGAUAACCAGCACUGGUAUCGUAAGGUGUUAAACAAUUUCACUGUAACUGGUUGUUAGGCGUUCUGGAAUAUCAUAGACCAAAAUUACGUUUUUCAACUUGCCACACUCUACCUUUUUUCAGUGUUCUACCAAAAAACAGCCAAUUCUAAACUGGAAUAUAUUUGAGAUUGUUCCAGUAAAAUACUGUUUUUGUCGAGGCAGCAUUUAUAUUUAUUUGUGCUAUGGGAAUUAAUUGGAGACUUUAAAAUUUUUUUUAUUUUUUUUUGUCUUUUCAUUCAUUUAUGUGAAUAACUCAUUUUUUUAAAUUUAUUUUUAUUUUAUUUUUUUCAACCCCUAGCCCCCACCCCACCAGUAGAUUGGUGCAUUUCCUGGUGAUAUUUCAUGGUGUCAUAGCAGAUUCUGCAGUGUUUAACCCAUAUUGUUUUUGUAGAUAAAAGCACUUCAGGAGAGGAAGGUCAUGAGUCUGGAAAAGAAAAAACAGGGAAUGACGAUAGUUUGACCACCGAGGAAAAUCCGGAUCCAGACACCAUCAAAGAGAAGAAAAGAAGAGCACGGAAAAAAACCAAUGACCCCAACGUUCCAGAAAAGGAGCCAUUAUUAGAGGAUGGUUCUGCAGUCUCUCCGUUGACCAAAAAGACAAAAUCUAGGGGAAAGGGAAAAACUGGUAAACACUUCUUCUUCUUUGGUCAAAUGUCAAGAACCAACCAAACUCCUUACACCAGAACUUAAAGUACCACUAUAGUGCCCUGAGGGUGCCCCCACCCUCAGGGACCCCCUCUCUUCGGGCUCCAGGAGAGGAAGGGGUUAAACUUACCUCUUUCUCCAGCGCCGGGCGGGGAGCUCUCUAUCCUCUCCGCCUCCUCUCCUCCUCCUCUUCGGUUGAAUGUACAUGUGCGGCAGGAGCUGCGCGCGCAUUCAGCCAGUCUCCUAGGAAAGCAUUCAUAAUGCUUUCCUAUGGACGCUGGCGUCUUCUCACUGUGAUUUUUACAGUGAGAAGCACGCAAGCGCCUCUAGCUUGAAAACUCUGAAACUGCUAUGUUUAUAAAAAAAAAAGGGGUUAAUCCUAGAGGGACCUGGCACCCAGACCACUUCAUUAAGCUGAAGUGGUCUGGGUGCCUAGAGUGGUCCUUUAACAUUUCAUGUCCUACGCCACUAUCCAGGCUUUAAAAGUUACUCGUCACUGCAAGCCCUUAGGGUUAAUUUCAUCUUACUAGCAGUGAAUUUCUACACCAGGGCUUAUUUUCACUGAUCAAUGGCUAGUGGACAUUUUGAGCCCUGCCUUGUUCUUCAGCUGGCUCUAAGAAUGCAGAAAUAAAUCUAUAUGACUGCAUUCAUCUAAACCUAGAAGGUUUAUGUGACAUGUCCAGCUCUUCUUGAAGCUAAGUCACAUCCAUGAUUUGAAAAAUCUAAAUGGGAUCUUUCAAACCACAGGAAUUUCACGAGCAAAUAUAUAUUUGCAGUGGUAGCUCUAACUAGCCUUUCUGUGUGAUUCUGGAGUUCAGUAGCUAACAUACCAUACACACCUGACAGAUUGAAUGUAGAAUUUAUAGGAACAUAGCCAUUCCUGCUAGAAUUAACAGUUGGACCUUUUUAGCUGCAUUAGGGUUACUAAUCCCAUGACACUUUAACAUGACAAAACAAUGGGAGUAAAUUGUCAAGGAUUGGGAGCCUUCCCUAUUUUAUAGGCUGUGGACCGUCAGUGAGUAUUAGUAUAGUAGCUUAUAUAGAGUACUGUGUUUUAAAUUCUAUUCUUCUGGCAAAGCCUCCAGAAGCGAUUGUCUUUCCCCUUUUUAAAAAGUUUCUAUUUGGAAAAUUUGUUUGUUCUGUAGUUACCUUUGAGGACACAGAACCUGUGGAGAAUGUCAAGGAAGAUGUUGUUAAAACUUUAGAGAAUAUGUGCGCAGAGUCAGAAGAGUCAGUUCACAAUGAAUCCAUUACGCUCUUCUCUGAAGAUUCCGACUGGCCGGAAGGUGAUUUGCUAUCAAGGUAUUAAUGUCUCCUUCUUCUGUACCUGAGCUUAAUGUUUGAAACUUUGAGGGGAAAAAACUUAAUAGAGAGUAAAAUGAAACAUUGUCUAAUUCAACAGUAGGACAAAAGAAAUUCUGAUUUUCAUUUCCACUCUAUGUUUAACCAGCAGUAAAGUAUUAUCUCAACAUUAGCUAGAAAUUUCUUUAAUUUUUUGUUUGUUUAUUGCUGCAAUGUAUCAGCCUUUCUUGCGUUUUCUGCCAUAAGGUUUCUUUUAAAAACUAAAAAAAAUUACUGCGUCACAAAAUAAAUCAGGGAACUGGAAAAUGAAUCUUUCACUGGAUAUUGUUGGGCAUUGUUGUGAGAUGUCCCUUAGAGAGUGAUCGCUACUUGCAUCCUCCAGUCUAAAUGGACAUCUCCUGGGUUCUAACCACAGUAGGGCGAUAAUAGGGCAUCAUAGGUUGAGCAUUGUUGUUCAAGCAUGGCUCUCCUCAAUAUUUUCUUCUGUCUAAGCAAUCUUCCUGUUGGCUCUUUCUCCUGUGUAAUUUUUCAUCUUUUUAUCAGCACACAGAUCAUGGAUGUCCAUGAUUGUGAAGUGCCUCCUGUUUCAGACUUGUCGACAGCUGAUGAACACAUGGCGUCUGUCUGUGAGGAUCCAAUGCCAGGAAGUCCACAAAAAUCUGCUGGUGAAGCCGCUGACUUUAUGGUACACAGACCAUAUAUGUUCUUUCCCACAUUCUUAUUUAAUGCUUGAUAGCAAAGCACACCGCACUUAACCUGGACCCUAAAAAUAACAGAUAAAUUGGUAAAGAACAAUGGAGCACUUUUAUAGCAGUUUAGAAACAAAUUAACUGUACUAUACAUUUAAUGUAAUGGUAGUUUUAAUUUAGAUAGAACAUUGAGAUGUUUUAUUUUGCUAUUUUAUCUUUGUCCUAUAAAUUGUAAGUUUGUGACACCAGGUUAUUAAAAAUAGAACAAUGGUUUGUGUAGGCGCUUCAGAAGAUAAAGUGUAGUGAUAAUAUAAUAUAUUAGUACAAUGGGUGUAAGAAGGUGUACUCCCUUAUCACCUUGUAUAGAGAUCAUAAAAUUUAAAAACAGUGUACACCCAAUGUGAAUACACACUAAUAAUACUUAUGUGUGUUGAAGCAGCACAGGUUCAAUAGAUCUGAAAAUACAGACAAAAAUAAAAACAUAGUGCUUUCUGUAUAACAUCAUCAAAUAUGAGAACAGAAUGAAUGGAAUCGAACUCACAAGGAUAGAGCCGUGCCAGGCUCUAUGUAAUCAGCAUAUAGGGUGCCUAUACAGACUGAAGCAAUGUAAUGCCAGAACAGGAUACCGGAUCAAGUUAUUGUAACUAUUGCUAGUAGGCUUUUGGUUAUGUAAUUUGUAUCAUAUACUACAGAACAUUAAUCUGAACUAUUAUUGUCUGUCUUGCAGAGAAACACAUGUAAAGAGUCGUCUGUAAGAGACUCCGUACCAAAGGAGGUGGAUUCACACGUUAAAGACAAGUGAGUGAUAAUAUUCCCCUUUUCUUUUUUUAGUUUUUUUAUUUUAAAACCAAGCCAAUCAAGAAAACUAAUGGAUUUUCUCUUUGCAGUUCGGCUGAGAUCUCCCAGCCAGGGACAGAAUGUAUUACCAGACCCGAACCAAACUUAACAAAUCACUCUGAAAAAGAAAGUUCGUCUUUGCAAAUCCAAUCUGUUUUACAUUUAACGUCUGAACUUUCUUGCUCUGAGAAGGACCAUAUGGUAUGUUUUUUUGGUUUUAUUUUUAAACUAUUGUGUCUUAUAACAGUAAUGUUUCUGUUAAAAUUCAUUGUAUUGGCUGACCAGCAAACUGAGCAGACAUGCCUAGCUGAAGCUCCGUGCAAACGGCUGAUUAACCCUGACUAAACCGGUAUUAUACUGCACAAAAAGCAUAUUAUACUCGAAACACCUCAGUGUGGAAGCGGGCAAAGAAAAACAACGAUUACCAAACUCUGGAUCCCGAAAUAUUGGAGAUUACCUGCAUGGAGGCCUACCGUGUGCAGAAUCCAAGAUGGCAGGUCCACCAGUAGAGGAACCAUCCUUUGAAGAGGAACCCUCUCUGGACACUCUGGAUGCCAUCCAUCAAGUUGGAGGCCUACACCACUUAUCCUCGGAUGAGGAAGAUCAAACCCCAGCUACCAAGAGCAAGAUUAAAGCUCUCCUGUGCGAUUUACGAAAGAUGUUCCAGGCAGAUGUCACCAUCCUAAAGGUGAAAAAAUAUAUACCCUGACUGGAUGAAUCAAGGCCACAGAGGAAGAGGCAAUAGACCUCAAAGCCGCUCAGGCAUCGACCAGCAAGGAACAGAAACGACAAGCUCAAACUCACGCACUUCUGGCGCAAAGAAUAUUAAAAUCCGGGGGAAUCCCCGAAAUGGUGGAUUAGACGAAGAUACCGCUGUUCCUGAGGCGUCUCUUCCAACACCUAUUGCCACACAAGCAGGCCAAAAGCCUCAUUGACAAUUUCUACAGAAUCCUUACCAAAUCCCAGCCAACACAUCAGGCUCCAAGGGAACACACCUGGAUAAAAUGGCCGUCAUGGUGGCGGUCCAGGACUCACCAACUGUGGACUUUGAGCAACACUCUUCGGCAUUCUAUGCAGACCUGUCCAGAACCACCAUGCUGUGGAGACAAUCGCUACGUCCUAUUACAUGCCCCUAUGGGAUAAAAAAAAAUCCCUUAUCAUUGGGGAACGCCAAGAGCCCUUCAUGUCAUGAAAGACGGGGCAGUAUACAAGCUCCACUCGAUAGCAGAAGGCCCGAAUUUUCUCCCCACCCUAGGCAUUGAUUGAAAAGUUGACCCGACAUCUAACAAGCAACAGACACAUCUCUGGAAUGUAGUCAAUAUCACCCCAUUUGUGCCAGCUGGAGGGCCAUCCACUUCAACGACGAGCCCUGCAGAUUGAGCUAGCCGAACGGCUUCCACAUUACAUUGCGGCAGCGAUGCUCGCUUUCCUCUUAAUUUCCAUACUAUGGUAAGGCACAGCAGCCCCCGUAUACUCGGACACCAUGAGACUGCACCCCGCCGAGAGCAGCUGUGGAAAGGCUGGCAAGAGAGACCAUCACUGUAAAUAUACCCAUCCCUCCAAGCCCACGACAAUACAUAGGCUAACACCCAGACGAGCUGCCUCACCCUUACUGAUAGCAACCUGCGAUACGCUAUGCAUGUAAAUGAUCCUACAUACAACCCCAUAUAUCGAACCCCCCAUCUACGAUAGAGCGUGUUAUUGCCACCUACGCUGGUAUACAGUUCUUUAAAUCUGAAGCCUAACUCCAGGGGCAUGUUCCCCCAAUAACCACCAGUGUACUGCGUUUAUUUUAUUUUACCUACAUGUUUUAAGCAAAUGUUUUCAGAUAAGCACCACCAAAGCGGACCGAUGUUUAUAUAUUUAUAGCACUAUGCCAAUGUAACUGUUCAUGUGGAUAAGUUUUACUUACAGCAUGACUUCCUACUGUAAUGCUUUUCCACAACAAAAAUAAAGAAUUAAAAAAAAAAAUUUUUAAUUAAAUUUAUAUAAAAGGUAACCUAUAGAAGUUUUUCAAAAGUAUGUGAAAGUCAAGUUCCAUUAUUUUUUGUUUUACAAAUAGCUGUGCCUAUAUAUAAGAAGUGUUCAGUUUUAGAAAAUUGAAAUAAUUCCUCUGGUUAACUUGCCAGCUGUCUGGCUCGCUCAGUGUCUCUAUAAGAACACAUUUAGUUUUUAAUUGGGCUCUCAUAUUUUAUAUGUAUUUCUAUUUGCUAUUAACAGGUGUCUGAAAGUGUCAACGCCAGUUCAAAUGAAGACCUCACUACAAAACCAGAAGCAGAGAUGGAACCUGUGUAAGAAUUUAGUAGUUAAAGUUGAAAUCUGCCUCUUAACUGUGAUCGAAUUUUGGGACAUUCUAAUACUACUGACCGUUGACAAUUGGGAAACAGAAUUAUGUUAUCCAGCUGUCGCUCUAAGCAUUGUUCUUUAUCUCAUUUUAAUUCCACAUUUGUGCUGUACUUUUCCUAUGUCGUUCCUCUAUAUCCAAAAUGUUACCAGUUUUGAAUCUAUUACCCAAAGCAGGUCAGAUUGGCAAAAUGUUUACCUUUUCAUUUAGUUACAUAUAAGUAUUAUCUCUGCUCAGUACUUCUUAAGGAGUUUUUGCAGUUAGUUGAGUUUUUAUCUCCAAAGAUGUUCUCCACUAUUACAUUUCAUGACCAUAUGCUGACAUUAAGGAACAAUUAAUUCUGUUUCCUAUUAAAUACAUAAGAUGUUGGCCAAGCAGAUGUCGAUCAUAAAGCAAACUAGAUCUUCACACCUAUAUAAAAUGAUUGAAUUCCACAUUCCGUAAAUGUCUCAGAAUAUGUGAAUUCUUUCUGGCCCGAAAAGAAACAUUCUCGGUGUUCUUUGGGCUUUUGUGUUGUGCUCAACCUAGUCUUUAUGAAAGCAAAUAUUCGUUGUAGAGAUUAAUGUUUUUUUUCUGUUUUCUAAUACAGGACGUCUCCCCCUAAACGCGCACCAGUGGCCCGUGGCAGAUUCCAGAAACCAAAGCCCAAUUUAGCAAAAAGCCUUACUCGAAAGGAAACUGUGGCAGUGGCAGAGGAUGCUCACAAUAUUCAAGAAUUGGCAUUGGAAGGGUCCAGCAAGAUCUCACUGUGUCAUAAAGAGGACCUCACCGUGUUGGAAAAAGUAAGAAAUUGUUCCUGAAAUUUAAAAUUUCUGAAAUUAUUACAGGACGAUGUACCUCAUCAUGUCAGAAAAACUGCAUCCAUGCCAUUUUAUUAUAAGUUGACAACAUAGUCUGUGUAUUUGAAUAUGAAUAUUCAUAUUUAACCAGGAAAAGUAGAUUCAGCUGGUCGCUAGUUCCCCAGUGCAUUCUGGAAUCUAGAUCUUUACAUUACCAAAGUUAAUGGUACUUAUUUUCAUAAUGCUUGAUAGAAAAUGUGACUUUGAAAUAAUGCAAUGUUAUACAAUGAACUAUCUCACCAUCACGCUUGAGUAUUGGUGUUAAAGGGACUCUAACCCUAAUAUAAUACUUAUAUCUCCCUCUCUCCCCAAUACAUUUCAUAUAGUAUUUCUUUGCUUACUGCUGUAUUACCUACCUUAAUGCAAUAAUCUUUUACAAAGGAAUUUAGGACUUUUUACAUGCCUCCAUUUAAAAAAAAAAUAAAAAAAAAAAUGAUAAAGUCCAUAUUCAAUGAGUUGCCUGUAUCCUUAGCAUGAAGACAAUAAAAUGGAAGUCUCCACGGUAGAUGGAAUGUUAAGCCUAGACGGGAACGUUCCAGUCACUCUUCCUAUUCAGUCUCCAAAGGAUUCAUCUUCCAAACACUCUGAGUCUGCACAUCCACUCAGUGCAGCUCCAGAAUUUGCCCCACAAGAAACAGGUCAAGACAGGACCACAACAGAGGCCUCAUGGUGAGUAUAUGAAGUUAAAAUGUGACCAGUUAUUGGCAAUUUAACAGUUUUUGAUGUUUUAUUGUAAAAUCCUCUAUCAACUCUAACCCAUUCACAUGUCCUGUCCUACUUCUACUUAACAUUAUAUGUGGCAAAACCCAACUGUAAUGAGAUCUUUUAGCUCAUAUCCUCCUCUUCAGUUUUAAGCUGCAGUUAUUUCUGUGGUCCUUUGUUUCCUCUUAACACUUUUUUAGGUCUUGACUGUUCACAUUGCAUUGUACAUUGUAUAUCGUAAAGCUUUCUAUCUCACAAGGUGUGUGUGUGUUGCAGUAUACCUAAAACUAGCUUUUUUUUUUUUUUUUCUCUGCAGUAACGAGAAGCCCCCAGGCCAGACAGUGAGAGGACGCCUGAUAAGACCCAAACCAAAUGUGGCCAGAGCUCCUGGGAAGAUUAGACAAUUGGAUCAGUGUCAGACCAAAGAACAGACCGAUAAACUUGGACAGGUAUUCUCAACUUACCUUUGGUACGAGGAAAUACAUUUUGGGUUUGGAUGGAGUUCUCGCUGUGGUUAACCAACUAGACUGCAUACCGUAUUAGUGGUUUGUUAUCAGUGUCUUUGCAUGACCACUGUAAUCAGGCCAUUACCAUCUCUGUGAUAGUGCUUUGUUACAUUGUAUAAAAGUUAGCAUUUGCAUUUGAAACAAGCUAAUUCCAUAAUAUAUUUUCUAUUUGUGCAAUCCUCAUCUGCCCCAAUAUCUCUGCUGCUCAAAGUAGAAUUGUAAUUAUGCAAUUUAGAUUUAACUAGUUGUUCAACAUUUUCAAAUAACUUGUACUGUUUGUUUUAUUUUUUUUAAUUUCCCCUCUUCAGACUUCUGAUAAGCCCAGUAUUACCAACCUGCCUUUUGAAACUCCUGAAUUGGACAAAGGAACAGAGAACAAGUGAGAAUUUUUUUUAUUUUUUUGUCUAGACUAUUUGGGUUCCAUUUUGUUUAUCCAGGACUGUUUCCAUACUGUCAGUGUACCCACUAAGAUAAGUAGCCCUCCAUUAGCUAAGGAAGGUCUUGUUAUAUGCAAAUUAUACUUCCUUUCUGUAACUGUAACUCAAGCAUGAUCUAUACACCAAAACUGCUUCUUUAAGCUAAAGUUGUUUUGAUACCUAUUGCAUCUGUUUAACAUAAUUUGGGGUUUAAAAAUCAUGAUUCUUAAACCUUUUGAAAGACUAAAUAUGGUUCAGGUUUGUUUGAUAUUCCGGAAGACAUUUGGAUAAACCCUGAAUGUUGGAUCGUUGCUAAUCUGAGCACUUGGUUGAUCAGCACUGCUGGGAAUUAUACAUAUAUUUUGUACCAUUUAUGUGUUUACAUUUGGGAACUUUGCUGACCAGGAAACUCUUAUCUCUGUAUAGCAUAGUUAUAAGUAAAACAUGUUGUUCUCUUAAAUUAAUUCCAAGGAUUUGUGAACACUCAAAAUGUUUUCCACUAUUAAUCUCUUUGAUCCAAUAAAAUGUCUACUUUCAUAAACAUUUUUUAAAUUACACACUUCUCGUUUAAGCAAGAAUUGCUAUCUUAUUGCAAAAUAUUUAUUUAGAUCUGAGGACCACUCUGUACCAAAGGAUGACUGCAGACAAUCUUCCAUUAAACCUACACCCCUUGUUCGGAGCAGAUUUCAAAAACCAAAGCCUAAUCUGGUGAGGACACCUAGUAGAACCGCAAAACCAGAGGAAAACAAUAGCAAAACAGCAGGAGAUUCAUCCGUAGCCCCAACACAUCACAAAGAGGAAAUGUGCCCUGUUGAAAAGGUAAUGAAGAAUAUCUAUCCAGAAAAGAUGAUCACACAAUAACCCAGAGGAGAACAAGUACAAUUUCUUCCAUUUGUAUCUAGAAGUAUCCUGUAGAAUUGCCCUGAAGUCCUUUUUAGGCUUGUUGCUGGGUUCACUUUCUAAUUUCUCAUCUAAACGCGGUCAAUCUGGGUGCGAAGUUAGUUCAACCCAAGAUUAUUGCAUUUUCACCCAAGAGAAACUAAAUAUUAAGACAUUGAAUAGAUAUGGAAGUUCCAAUUUUAAUAAAAAUAAAUAUGUUGUGAUGCACACUAAAAUAUACACAUUUUCUUACUUUGGUGAAUGAUUAGCUGAAGUUACAAAACUAAUGGUAUACAUAUAUAGAGAGACAUACAGUUAUGAUCUUUUUCUUGUUAAUAUGAGACAAUCACUCAUUAGGUGUGUUUGAGUGAACUUCCUUCUAGCUGUUAAUGGUCUAUGUAUUAUCUACAGGUAGGAGAACAAAGAUUGGAAAUCCCCAUGGAAGAAGAAGGUUCUACAGAAGACUCUGCAUCAGUUCCUAUUGCCUGUAUCACCCAAAGUGAUUCUUCCUCUGCGUCCUCUCACUCCGAAACCAUGGACAUGGAUUCUAUCCCAGAACACUUGGGGCAAGAUGCCACUUCAGAACUGUUUACGUAAGUGAUUUUUACAUUGCUGUUAUUUAGAUAUCAAGCAUGUAUUAAUAUCAGUACUCUGUUUUGUAUAAAACUUGUUUAGUGUGUAUGUUUGUCUAGAUGUGUGUAUAUAACACCAUUAUUUGUAUUACAUCAUUUCUGUUACAUUGUCUUGAUUUGUUAUUUUUUGCCUUGAAAUGGCUAAGUCGGUGGGGCGGGGGUUUGUUUUAAAUACUCAAAUAGUGUUGUAAUGAAUACAAAUACAUGCUUAUUGCUUAGGGCUGAUGAACCGCUCCGAUCUCCGAAUAAAUGUGUGAAAUCUCCAGCUAAAUCCUCACCACUGGCAUGUGAUGGGUCCAAUGAACCCAAUCUAGUAAGGAUUUCCCCAAGAACUGAAAGAUCCAUUGUGGAAGAAGACCACAGCAGGAAAAUUACCGAGCAAGUCACCGAAGAACCCACUAGCAUUUCCCAGAGUCCCAGAGAAGGCCCAUCUGCUUUAGGAAAAGUAAGAAACUCACUGAAAAUAAAUCCUAUGGUGGAAGUUUUUGAGAAAAGAGUCAAAUUGUAUAGAGUUCUGACACAUUACAUCACACACUAAGUAAAUAAAUGUGUAACGUUUGGUGCUUUUAGAAUGAAAGGCUUUUGUGCUGAUCUUAGAGGAGGGAGGGGUCAAAAUAUAGAUUUCCUGGCAAAUCCUCAUGGGAGUUAUUCCUAUCACAGAUGAACAUUUUGGCCACCCAUACCUGUAUACUUGAUGCAUAGAGAUUGUAACUUGACAAAAAUAAUUUGUUUUUCUCAUUAUUAGUCUAAAUCCAUUUGCUAUUUGUGUAAUGAUUAGAAGUAGUUCAGUAUAUCUCAAGCUUUAUAUGGUUAUUUUAAAGACAUGUUUUCGUUCUAAACAUACAUUUGUAAUUCACAGUUAAAAAUACACUGAACAAAUGUACUGAAGCUUCAUACCGGAUAAUAGAAUUGAGAAACCUGUAACUUGUCAUGAGUGAAAUCCCAGCACUUGCGUAAAUGUAAAUACCAGGGUUAUUGGCAAGUUUACUUAAAGGGACAAUCCAGGCACCCAGACCACUUCUGCCCAUUGGAGUGGUCUGGGUGCCAACUCCCACUACCCUUAACCCUGCAAGUGUAAUUAUUGCAGUUUUCAUAAACUGCAAUAUUUACCUUGCAGGGUUAACUCCUCCUCUAGUGGCUGUCAACUAGACAGCCACUAGAGGGCACUUCCGGGAUUAUAGCACAUGAAAAGUGUGCUAUAGCGUCGCUGGACGUACUCAUGCUAUGCGAGGACCUCGUGCGUCACUGAAAUCCCCAUAGGAAAGCAUUUUUCAAUGCUUUCCUAUGGGGAGGUCUAAUGCGCGUGCGUGGCAUUGCCGCACAUGUGCAUUAGGUCUCCUCACCGGCGGCCGCGCAUACGCUAUAGGUCUCCACCUCCGGGUGACGUCAGUGGGGGAGGAGCGUGGGCGGACCCUGACCCAGCGCCGAGGGACAUCAGAGCUGGAUACAGGUAAGUCACUGAAGGGGUUUUAACACCUUCAGCAACUUGGGGUGGGGGGUGGGAGGGAGAGGGGACCUGCAGUUUUCCUGGCACUGGAGAGUCCCUUUAAGUGGAAGAGCAUAGGGUCACUCUUCAGAUUGGGCUUUACCAUAGGUUUUAAGGUGCAAAGGUUCACUGGGAGUUAGCUUGUAGGCCCUGGUUGAUUAUUUUAUCUAUGUGUUGCGCUUUACAAAUUGGUGAUUUCAGCAAACCAUACCUCUGUUAGUGGACCUAAAGGAGUUUUCUAUUUAAAAUGUGUUUUGCAAGGAAUUUUCUUUCACCUGCCUGAUCGUGUCUUUAUUUUCACCAGCCUGGAGAGCCGGAAAGGGAUAUUUCUUUGUCAGAUGAAAACAUUGCACAAGAAACCUCAGCUUCAUUUCCGUACACUUCCAACUCUGAGACCUCAGAAACUGUUCUAUCCCAGAAUAAACAACUUGAUUCUUUACCUGUACACAUGGGAUCAGAAGAGAUCUUGAAAGAUUCUAGGUAAGUUCCAAUGCCAAGCAAUAUUGGAAAAGUUAAAGGAGCACUUUGGGGUCAGGAACACAAACCUGUAUUCCUGAACCUAUAGUGUUAAAAACACCAUCUAGCGCAUCUGCCUCCCCCUUCCCCCUCCCCCAAUGCCCCCCUAAAUAUAGUAAAAUCAUACCUUUAUUCCAGUUUGCUGAUGCUGGCUCUGCCCCUGACCUGCCUGCUUGGCUGACAUCUUUAAAAGUGGUGUUCUGAGCCAAUCACAAUGCUUUUGCUUUCUCAUAGGAAAGCAUUGGAUUGGCUCAGAUUGGUUAGGAGGCAGAGCCAGCAAAUGCCAAACACAGCCCUGGUCAAUCAGCAUCUCCUCAUAGAAAUGCAUUGAAUUAAUAUAUCUCUAUGAGUAAAGUUCACUCUCCAUGCAGAUGGUGGAGACAUUGAAAGACAGUCACACUGUGCAGCACUGCCCCAGGAAGCACCUCUAGCAGCCAUAUGACGAGUGGCCAGUGGAAGGGAAUAAAAAGCUGCAGUUGUUCUGGUGACUAUAGUGUCCAUUUAAGUGUCAGCAAUCUUUAAAGUGCACUCUGUGAUAUCACCACAGCAGCUAUAGGGGUUAGAACGAAUGCUAUUUAUUUUUCUAGUUUGUGUCAAGCUGUUUCCCAAAAAAAAAUAUGGGUGCCUACAGCUUUGCCCCUCCAAUAUGCAGUUUCGAUAAUGUAGAAGCUUACUUUUAUUCCAGAAAUGGUGUUGCAGAAUAGUUUGGGCACAAAACAGGCAAGCGGGCAGUUUGGUUGAAUGUGAUAAGUGUAAAUGUAGCUUGCUUCUUUCAGCAUUCCAAAAAUGCUGUUCUCUUGCAAAAAAAAAUACGUACUUUUUUUUUUUUUUUUUAAUUCCCAGCUCCACAGAAGAAGCCAUGAAACCAGAGCCAGUCAAGACACCUAUUCCAGUCAGGGGUAGAUUGCAAAGGCCAAAACCAAAUAUACAGCGAGCUGCAGCAAAGAAGACUAUUCCUGCUUCAAAUGGGGCAACUAAAGAUGAAAUCAGCAUGAAUGUGGAAUCCCUCCUACCCUCCACAAUAAAUGUAAGAGGAUGAGUUAGUCUCUGUGGAAGAUGCGAUCGUUAUAAAAUAAAAAAUAAAAUUAUGGCUUAUCAAUAUUAAUUUACGAUUGUUCAUUAUUGGGCUUUUUAUUUUUUUUAGUUUGUGUUUUUUUUUUGUUUUUUUUCUACAUGUUGCCCUUUACUCCAGUGCCAUUUACUUAGUAUCAAUUCUUGUACAAGUUGCAGAGUAGAUACUUUUCAGAGUUUCAAAUUUUUUGGGGGCAAUUUUAAUGCCGCAUGUUUAAACUCUGGCAGUAAGAGCAGUGGCUUAUUGAUAAUUGUCUUGUUGCUAAAGAAGUGAUUUUUUUUUUUGUGUGUGUGUCAAAUUACCAUUCUAAACCUCUUCUCAAGGCCCUGCAGUGUUCUAGCUAUCUCACUAGUGAUGAAUUAUAUUUUGAAACCACAUGAUUUAAAAAUACCGUAUGGAAACAGUCUUCAUUAUCAAAAAGAAAAUACCUAUAUACAGCUUUCAAAUGCAGCCUUUAUCAGACAUGUUGCAGUGUUGCUACUUUCUGUUUCAUGACUUUCAGUGUGAACUAAAAGAUGCCAUGUCUCAAUCACAGAUUAAUAACACUGUGUCGCCUGGAGGAUCCAUCUCAGUUCUGAAUGCUUCUGACCGCGAAAAAGCCUCACCAAGUCGCCUCCUGUAAGUCUCUAUGGGUUUAUUUAAUUUCACCGCUAAUGCGUCCAAGCAAGUGUAGAGCCUCCUCUUCUGCUUCAUGGGGCCUCUCAUGCCGGUAUCUGCCCCCUGCAGAGAUUAUAUGCCGAUCCUAGUCUUCUUUUUUUUUUUUUUAUAAUUUAUAAUUUUUAUUGUAGCAUAGCAUGUGUAUAGUUAUCAUCUCUCAUAGUUUUGCUACAUUUUAAAUGCAACCUUUGCAUACAGUGUCACAGGUAGCAGGGAAACAUAACAGUCUAGGCAAAGCAUGAGAACAGUGAUAUACACAAAUAGUUAUACAUUAGAUUUCUAGUUGUGGUUGCAUGGAAUUAGUAAGAAAAAUUAACAUUGGAGAUAGCUUCCUUUUGGGGGGGUAUGAGCAAACUGGGAGGUACAUGGCAAUGCGGUUCGCGGGUGGUCUAUUGGGCAGCAGGCCCGCUGGAGAAAUAUUGUUAAAGUGGGAUCGGACGUAGAGUAAUGUCUGAGGGUGAUAGCCUAAGGGGCAUACAUCUGUGACACGCAGUCCAAGUUAUAAUGUACUUGCGAUAUUCAGGUUUUUGGCUGAAGGGUGGCCGCAGCACCGCUCGUUCUUGGGAAAAAGGGUUGGAUUCUCUUGACGUCCCAUAUCCUGGAUAUGUUCGCUGGUGUCGUUGCUGCGGAGGUAGUGCUUGUAGUGGCCUCCAGGGAUAUUCCCAAGGUUUGCAGAAAUGCUACAGAGUCACUUGCUUGGGUGAUGUGUACUCUUUUGCCUUCAUUGCAGACAGAGAGUCUGCACCCUGGUCCCCAUCUGUAUUGUAUCCCCUUGGCUCUCAGUAGUUGGGUGACUUCUUUCAUGGAGUGUCGCCAUGUGACUGUUGCCCUAGAGAGGUCAUUAUAGAAAGAUAGCUCAGAACCUUCAAACUCCUAUGUGUUAGUUUCUCGGGCUGCUUCUUGUACUAGUAGUUUGCCCCGGAGAGAUUGAAAGCGGAUAAGUAGGUCCCGUGGGACGUCAGCUGGGGCUCUUGGUGGUUUAGGUAUGCGAAAGUGAAACUCCAGCAAGAUGGAUUUUGCUUUAGCUUGUAGUAGCAGGGAGGCUAGUAAUCGGCGUAGGUAGUGUGCAACCUCAGAGUCUUGCACAGCCUCUGGUAUCCCCCUUAUCCUGAGGUUUCGCUGGCGCUUAGCGUCUUCCAGCGCCGCCACUUUAUUUUCUAAUAUAGUGCUGGUCUUCUUCAUUUGGGCCAUUUCCCUUUGCAGGGUUUCAAUUUUGGAUGUUGUGGCAGCUUCAUUCACCUCCACAGCCUGUAUGCGGGCUGUCAUGGCACCCAAAUCUUCCCUGAUUAGGGCCACGUCUGCUGCUGAUUGAGCUUUAAGCUCCUUAAGCAGAUGGAUGAUGUCUGCUUUGCUUGCCAGCAUUUGUUCAGGAGGUGGAGUACUCUCCCAUCUAGUGCUCCUUGCUUCAGCUGCCUCCUCCAUACUGUCAUCUGAGGAGUGAUCAGGGGCUUCCCACGCGGGCGCCAUCUUGGCAGGCCGCGGCCGCGGCGUUGCUCUGAGUAAAUCGCCGAUAUUUUGAGAGGACGGCAUCGCCUCGUUAUGGAGCUGCUUGGAUUUGCGUCCCAUUGUGUUCUGACCUGCGUUGGUAGUGAUUGGGCUUUACGGAACUGCCGAUUUCGUCCUUUGUAAGUGGAUUUCUCCCGGAGCUCAGUGCUCGUACGUCUGCUUGGGUAGCUCGCUAGCUCCGCCCCACCUAGUCUUCUUUUUUUAAACCUCUUUUCAUAGAAUUCACAUUAACACUCAUUCCUGGCUGGCUAUUGAAGACUUGCUAGUGGUGGAAUUGCACAAUUUAAAAUAUCUAAGCAUCUGUGGUGUUCCAUAUUGUAAUGCUGCACAUGCGGAGUCCUAACCACUGGGAUGGACUUAGUUCUUAAAGUGACCGUUUAACUUGCCCAGAAUUCUAGGCCAGUAGGUGUUGUCCAAGUUGCUCAAAAUUGACUUUGAUAUUCGACAGUGUCUGUGUAGGUGUUCGGAGCGGUUCCUCUGCAUCAAUAGGUGCCUAAGCUUAGAUCAAACCCUUUUUAAACAGUUUAUUAUACCAUAGAAGGCGAUAAGGGAUUCUAGGCAACCUAACCACUAGAUUGAGCUGUGUUUGUUAGUUUGCUUAGUAUUUCUUUAAAGAGAAGUUUUUUUUUCUAAUUUUUUUUUUAUUCUAGGCCUGCCAAUGAAGGCAGACCAGCAGAUGUCUUAAAACCAGCAGUCUUAUCAAGGAGCAGAUUCCAGAGGCCAAAACCUAACCUUGCCAGAGCUGCCGUGAAGAAAGAUUUAUCCGCUUCACAGUCCGCUAGUGAUGAAGAGAGUAAAGCAACAGGACGAAGCAUCCAACCUACAGUUUGCAUCCCCAAAGUAUGUCUCGAACCAUCUUUGUAUUUAUUAUUUUUAAUGCAGAGUAUGUGCUGCAUUGGAACUUUCUGUUUUUCUGUCCUUAAUGCCUAUGGGUUUUCCAACAGACCUCUAUAUGCGAAGAUGUUUCUGAACGAAGUGGUGACCUCGGGCAUCCACAAAGUGCUGCAUUAUUGUCUGAAGGACCUCAAUCCAGUGAACCUCCUCCAGAAACCCAGCAGAACCUACCUAAGGAAAACACCAUAGUCGCUGGUGUAACAGACGUGCACGAUCGUUUCGAAGACAAGGUUGCAAUGUAUGUGUCUCCUAAACUUCCAGUUGUUAAAAUAUAUAUUGUGGGAGGUUCCUUAGGACUAACAAUAGAAAAGUAAAAUGCUAGUUCCUGGGCAAAUGGGGGAAGGUUUAUUUACUGCUUAGCAAUGUAUUAAAAACAGUGGUGGGCAAAUUUGGGCACUCUUCGAUUUUUCUUUGAUUCUCCCAAAGUUCUAAAGCGGCAAACCAUAUAUAGAAAGCUAGAAAGCUUUUUAAAAUAAAAAUAAAAUUUAAUAUUAAAAUAAUAAAAAAAAAAUAAUAAAAACGCCCACCUCCCACCAAGGUUACACACUCUGCAUCAUAUACACACACUCUGCAUUCUCACACACACACACUUUGCAUUCAUUAUACACACACACACUUUGCAUUCAUUAUACACACACACACUUUGCAUUCAUUAUACACACACACUGUAAAUAAAUAUUCAAUUAAUAUAAUUUUUUGGGGAUCUAAUUUUAUUUUGAAAUUCACCAAUAGCUGCUGCAUUUCCCACCCUACUCUUAUACUAGAGUCAAUAAGUUUCCCAGUUUUUUUGGGUAAAAUUAGGGGCCUCGACUUAUAUUCGGGUCGACUUAUACUCUAGUAUAUAUGGUAUAUGAAAAAUAAAGGACCCGGCUCUUCAGCGGGCGUUGCAGACUUUAAUCAGGAAAAAGAUACAAGAGAUGACUUCUCAACCACACUAUGUGGUCUUUUUGAUAAAGACCACUUAGUGUGAGUGUGGUUGAAAUGUCAUCUCUUGUAUCUUUUUCCUGAUUAAAGUCUGCAACGGCUGCUGAAGAGCUGGGUCCUUUAUUUUUCAUGUAUUUUAGCUGAGAGAGAGUACUGGACUGGAAAAGUGUCCUGUUAAUUGAAAGCUUGCAGUGAUUAUGUUGCACUAUAGAUCCCGUACACCUGGUCUGGCCAAAAAGUAAAAACACGUCUGUUGGAGAACUUAUGUUCCCAUGAUGCUUUGUCAGACUUGAGGGAGUUGUAGUCCUACAAGAUUCCUUUAUUUUUUAUUUUAUUUAUUUAAUUUUUAAAAAAAUGUUUUACACUUUUGUAUAAUAGUAUGUCAAGCGCAAGAUAUUCGCUCCGUUUCCACAAGUUUAAUUAUCCUCGCAGGAUUGCAAGCCCAAACAGAAAUACAUUGCGUGUUGUUAAGCCAGUAAACUUGCUUGACACACCUUAAUAUGUGUGUAAAUGUAUACAAUGCAUACCUGUACAUUUUUAUGUUAAAGUAGGGGCAACAACAUGGACACCACAGCCACUAUAACAUAGAAUAUUCUAUAUUCCGUGGGGUAGGAGUCGAUAUCCGAGAGAGUUAAAAGGAGACAUCUCUGGGGUAUUGGGUAGUUGUAUGUCUGUGCCGUUGUGAAUGAUAUUGAGCAUUGUUCCCAUUAUUGUACUAGUCCAGACCAUUGCCACCAGAUGUGGAGCAUGGUACCUGGAUUAGAUUUACAGCGCCAGCACAUCUCUGAAUACAUGGGGGGUAUUUUAGAUAGUUUCACAGGAACCAUGUACCAUCUGUAGAGGAUUUUCCUCAAAAUUUCACUACAGGCUGCAUUUAAAGUGUUACCUCUAAAUGCUGUAAACGGUUUGGCCCCUUGUGCUCUUCGAUUCUGCGGCCAAUCUUGACUUCCAAAGCAAAGUGGCAGGAUAGAUCAGGAACAGGCUGUUUUUGGAGAAGCUUGUAAAUUUUUGUGAUUCCUUUAUCUUUUGGUGAGUCCUGGUGUAGAACCUUCAUGAUAUUGAUGGCCACUUCAGUUACACUCUUGUGUCAAAUAUCUAGUCAGUGAAGGGGAGGAGUUGGUGAUAUGUUCUUAUGUGUGUGUGUGUGUGUUUUGUUUUAUUUUUAAUUGUGGGAUGUUCUUGUAGUAGUGAAGAAGCAGCUGCUGAUGAACCAAGCACACAUCCUCCCUUAAAGACCGCAAGAGUCCAGUCCCCCAAUCUACGGUGCACAGUCAAGAGAAAACACACAAGUGGACAAGAAGACGACCAGGCUGGAUCAGUGGAUGUUAGUUAUAUUAUAUAUAUAAUUAUACUGCCGCCAUACCUGUUAAUUGAUGCUCAUUUUAGCAUGUCAUUUGAUGUUAUUUCUCCACUAUCCAUUAAUUUAUCGGCAUGGGAGAUGAAAAUAAGGGCCCUCCUGGUCCAACUUUUGAAUGCAGAUGGAGUGAGAAACUCAGUGGGACAGGGCAUCGUUAUUAAUCAACCUAAACGAAAAUAUUUUAUUUAUUUUUUUUGUAACUUAAUGACCUGGAAAUGUGAUUAAUUCAGGCAUGUAGAGAAAUGUUAACCUUAUAUCUUGUGGACUUUGGGGGAAAUGUAUAAAUGUGUCACUUAGAGAAAAGCUUUGACAUAUUCUAAAACUGAAUUGAUGGCUUAUUUCCAAAAUGUUCAUCCUGCUGCUGUUUCUGUGCAGUCACCCCUAGCACAUUAUUCACCGUGAUGCACAAUGCAUUGUGACUUUCCACAUGCUGGAUUAUGUGAAAAUUUCCUUGUUUAUGUUAAAGGGUUACACCAACAUAAAAAGCACCAGAGUACGUAAAGGGAAAAAUGUACCUGUGAUCCCAUGUCAUGGCCAAAUUGCCCCUGCAGCCCAAUUCUCCUUCGGUAAUGUCACUGAUCCUCACUAGAACUUUACACUGUAACCAUGCCAUUACGGUUAAAACUGGUGCCCUUAGAGUGACUGUCUCGUCCCCAUUUGAUUACCCUACCUCCCCCCCAAAAAAAGAGCAUUUCAUAAAGCUACUGUAAUUUCAACUUGGUCAAAAGACAUCAAGACAAAGAAGGGACUAAUUUCUCUUGUGAAUUUUUACUACUUUUGGCAAAGCUUAACAAAAAGGCAGAGCUACUGCUGUCAAGCAGUUGGCUGAGGGGAGAAGGGCUUUUUGUCAAUGGAGGUUCUCACUGGAUCCUCUACAGUUUAUCAGUAUUGUACUCUCGCGCAUGUGCAGCACUAACACCGGCUCCUGAAACACCAGUAGCUGAUGGGUAUGCACCAGAUCACGAUGGCAGCGCGACCGGAAGGGGCAGGUUCAGGUAAGUAAAACCGGCCUCUCCCCUGCACCUCCAGGCCUUUUCAAGAUAUGCAAAGAACCCAGAGCUGCUUUAAAAUAUUUAUUUUUGUAGUUUCGGCCAAAACUUUUAAUUCAUUGGAAGAUUCUUGUUUUGUUCCUGCCUAAAAAAUAACAAAUUCUCAUUGGUUUAAACAAACCCAUGUAGGUCAAUGCAUUGAACUGCAAGCCAUGGCUUGCUUCUUCGCACAUGGUUUCUCUCCUACUUGAGCAGUGGGUGUUGUUUUAAGUACUGAUUUUGACUCACUGGAAGGGGCAUUGUAAGUAGGACUGUUUGUCUGUCUUUGCAGCAUUACAGUAAAGCUGAUACAGUCAAUAACUCUUUGGAGCAGUCGGGAGAAACAGAAUUUGGACAUACUGUUACGCGAGAGACAUCUCUACAUACAAACGAUUCCCAGGCCGUACAUUGCGAUGGAAAUGAGCAACGCAUGCCAAGCAAUCAAGCACCAGAACCGUAUGUACUCCAGUUUAAUGAUUUCAAAAAAAUGCAUGGAUCCAUUUUUAGUGGAGAAGCUCCACAUCUCAUACUUGGCCAGCUGUUGAAGUUGCAGCUCAAAAAUAACUGGUGUGCUAAGAUCUGUAUUUUUGGAGGUGUUUAUGUUUUGACCAUCCAUGCGCACCUUUUUUUACUGUACUAUAUUUUCCGUACAGUACAGAGAGCCGUAGUGGUGCUAUUGUAUAGAGCACGGGUGCCCAAAAGGUAGAUUCCACCAGAUGUACUAGAACUACAAUUCCCAUGAUGCUUUGCAUGCACUGAGAAUUGAAGCUGCAGUGUUAAAACAUCUGGGAAUCUAACUUUCGACACCCCUGGUUUAGAGUUUCCCAUAAAUUCAAAAUCCACAUAUGAGAUUUGCUUAACAUCUCCUUAAAAGAGUACCUGCCCAGUUUAACUUUAACCCCAACCCCUAAGGAUUCAUGCACGUGGACGGCACUAUGGAAGGAAGGCACGUGCAGUGUACAUGCACUGUCAUGGUAUUUUCCAGGCUGAUAGCUUUUUGCAACAGACCACCAUGGGGCGAUUACAUUACUCCAGACCCUUAUGUGCUGAAGAGCUAUAUGCCUCUCCUGCCACCGCACUACUUGCCAAGGAAAAUUCAUGGUGUUCACUGGCAACACAAAAUGGAUGAGCACUUGGUAAAGUGGGGUGAAGUAAACAUUUAAAGUAAAUUACAAACACUCUCCAAAACAAGCAAAAUAAUUAAAAAUGUUUUUGCUGGCACAGGAGCCGAUUUCAAGCUCCUGAAUGUACAACAGAUUGCUGUUUCUUUGCUUUCUGCUAGGCACUUAAUAAAACACUACACAAACUAUUUUGUUUGUUUUUUGAAGAUUGCAGAUUUUGUUCUGUUCUGAGAAGUGCCCAUUUCUGUCAUGUCUUCAGUGUCUUUGAUGUGUCUCUAGAAAUAGUUUUCAAAAAGAUAUUUAUAACCAUUCAGCUUAAAAUAAACUGAAUAACUGUGUGUCAGUUCGGAUAAUACCAGUACUACAAGUAGAUAAUUGGCAUUUUCACAAUAAAUCCUGUUGAGACACUAGACACAUUGUUUAUCUAGUAAAAAGCUGCUGUUAAUUUUGUACACAAUUCACAAUCCCCAGCUCUGUCUAUAACCAUUGAGUGAUUAGUUACGUUUGUAUUGUUGUAUAUUCUAAACCAUUACCAGCUUUUGGAUGCCCUAGUGGGAGACUUCUUUAGUUAAUUGUAUGUCUCUAGAAAUACUUUGCUUUGAAACUACUUUUGUGUAAACAAUGACAUUCUUUCCUCCUCCAGCCUCCAAACACUUGUAGACCAUAAACCCAUAAUUUCAUUACCGGGUCUUAGAACUCACCCAAAGCCAAACCUAACACGAGCUGUGGGAAAGAAGGAAGCCUCACGGACGCUGAAUGCUGAAGAUAGCAUAAAGGUAUUCGCUAGCAAAUUGGACUUUCUCAUGAAACCUCAAUCAUAUAGAAGGGAUAUUCUAAGCUCCCUGUUAGCUGAACUUUAAUCACACACAGGAGGCUGCUGCUGACGUACAGGCAGUUAACAGAGCAAGGAAAUAAAAAUGUCUAACGUAAACACACUCGAGGUUAUUCACCAAAGUGAGAAUUUGCAUUUUAAAUUUAAGAACAAAAAUCAUCAAUGCUUCUAUUUCAGCUAUAUUGGUCUUACAGGAACACUCCAUUGGGGAUGGAGAAAAGUGUGUGUUUAAACAUGUAUUUAUUUCUACAUUUUUUUCUAUGGAAAAAUAUAUCUAAAAAUAGUUCUCAAAAGCUGCAGUUCUGCUGUCUGCAGCCUUUGCAAAAACCUCACUUUUUCCAAGCAUACUUUCCGUCUUUGCCAGGGAAAUGACCAUUAAGAAUCCUCAUAAUUUUUUUUUUUUGGAGCUAUAACCUGUGGCUUCUGGGCUGUAGUACAAUUCAAUGAGAAGUACUAACUUGCAUUUGCCGUUGUGUGCUCUAUGCAUGCUCACAUCAGGACUUGGAGAAGAAGGCAGUGCACCCUGUGAAGUUAAUGACAGAUAAACUCCCAGCUGGAGAGGUGUUUCUGCGCGUGUGAUAAAAGUGCCAAUUUCUUUUGAAAUUUAUAAACUGCAAUCACAAUUCAAUGAGCCUCACACAUAAAGCACCUCAGCGGGCUGAUAUGCUUUACGUGUGUGAUGGGGUUAAAGUUGAAAUUCACUUUGAAUUUCCAACAGCUUUUACUUUCGUAAAUAACAUUGACUGUGCUGUAAAAUUAGUUUGAAAUUAGACCUCUUUUUUUUUUUUUUUUCAUGCAUGGUCUGAGAGCCGCUGCCAGGGGAGGUGCGGCUAGGACUGCAGAAAUAAAGUAAUAUAACUCCUAAAUGGAAGAGAAUUGAGCAGGGGCAUCAUCUUUACACCAAAACAACUUAAUUAAGCUAAAGUUGUUUUGGUGCUUGUUGUGUCCCUUUGAGGUUCUGUUGACUAUAGGGCUGUGACUACCUUUUAGAUUUCACAUUAACCAAAAUGCUGUUUAAAAUGGGCCUAUCAACAUUUCGGAAAAAAAAAAAAGUAAACCUGUUCAAUAUUUCUUCAAGGCAGAUGAAAAGUUCCAAACUUCUGAAACCAGCUGCUCAAAUUCCAGCAAAGUGGUAGAGUCUAGCUGUCCUGCAGAAGGUGCUCAAAGGGUUAACACUGCUUCUAGCGAAACCACAAGGUAAACUAUAAUGUGUAAAGCGUUCUGUUAUAUGUAUUAUAACGGGUAGAUAUGCCAAGAGAAUCUGUGUCUUCUUUCAGUUUGGACAGUGUAACUGCAACUCCCAAAAUUUUCUACCAAGCCAAUAAUAUUUUGGAGUUUGCCAUUUGAAACCAGUAAAGUGUCUUCAUACAAAGCAGGCUUAUUGGUGCAGUUAUAAGAUUUUUGUUUCAUUCUACAUUUGCCAUAUUUUGUGGGUUUUGUUUUUUGUGAGUUUUUUAGGCUAUUUCUGUUUACUGCGCAAGAUUAGGUGACUAUUCACUUGACUAUGAAUUGCCAAGAUUUUUUUUGUGAAUUUCAAAUGGAGCUAAAUAUUUGAACUGUAAACAUUGUAGAAUAUGUCAAGUACAGCUAUCAUAGCUUAAAAAAAAGAGGUGUUUGCAUAUAUAAACAUAAAUCUCAAGUGUAAUUUAGGAUUAUGAUAUUUUUAAACCUAGACUGAAAGAAGAGGAUGCCACAAGCCUAGAUAUCAAACCAGCCCAGCUGAGAAGGGGGAGGCUUGUACGGCCAAAACCGAACCUCGCAAGAGCCUGUAACCGGAAGGAAAGCACAGAGAAAAAUCAGGCGCUGUCUGCUGAGAUAGAACCCACUACUACAGAAACGCAUGUAUGUCCAGAUUCAUGUGCUGGUUCCAGAGCAUGGAUUCUUUUAUUAUUUUUUUUAUUCAAAGUUUAUUAUAUGCUCUGGGGCCAUUGAUGGGAUUUGCCUUGGUCCAAAAAAAAAAUCCACUGUGUAUCCCGCAAGUGAACACUGAAUCCAACAAUAAAAUGCAUGGAACAUUUGCCGUAUUAGCUCCCAGCAUUCCGCUACCCAGGAAAAGCUUUUUACUUUCCUGGUCAUGCUGGUUCCGUUCUGUGAACCAAACGGGUUCUUGUUACUUACAAAGGUAUUUACAAGCUAUAGGCAUUUAUAGUGGACUAGAUAAAGUGAAGUAGAAACCAUUCUGAGUACAUGACAAUUGUUUGUUUAAAUAAAAUGUAUUUAUUUGUUUUAAGUAUUACCUUAAAGACAGCCCAUGUGAAAGUCCUUAUUACAAACCUGGUUGCACUUAUCUGUAAUAAAUUCAGAGGGGGUUUUCACUUCCCUUUUCUCCUUCAAUUUACAUCAUUCCCCUAUACUGUUCCUUUUUCUACUCAUAAACUUAAUGCGGUGAUAACGGCUGGUUAUCAGCUUAGUUUAAUAAAAUUUGCUCACUUGGAUUUGUGCCCGCUAUUCACCUGUCCACUUUCUUUGCAGAAUACCGAUCCGUCCGUGUCUUCACCUGUUACUAAAAGAAAAGCUGCUGAAUAUGGCAAGACUGUGUCUCCUAAGAAAAGAUGCCCUUCUAAAUCAGAAGCAGAGUUUGAGCAUGACUUAGACCAUAAAGUCUUUGUUUCUGGAGAGCACCAGAACAGUCUGUCCCCAGGAAAACCGCAGCAUAGUGCUAAGGCGAAUCUGCAAGAGAAUAGCCCAUCUAUAGAAGUGAACAGUGCAUCUUCUGGAGCAGAGCCCGACUGUCCUGUGUAUCAAAGGAGCAGGCAAGUGUUGAAGGAGCAUAUAGUAAAUUUCUUUGUGCACUUUCAUAACAGUUUAAAACUAGUUCCGGACUGGUUGGUGACACCCCAGUGACCCUGCCAGAAUUGGAAUUACAGCUCCGGCAGCAGAGGGGUUAAACCUUGUAUCUGCAGUGUAUUUUUUUAUGCCAAUUAAACGUCUGCCACGCUCCAUCUCAUGGCAGUUGAAUAAACAUAGUUUUAAAAUGGCGAACUUUAAAAUAGUGACUUUUAUUAUUUUAACAUUGUCAGUAACCGCUAGCCUUGGCAUCAAGAUGUUUUUGAACAUCAUACAUUUAUCCUGAUGCUCAGCCAGCCCAAGGUUCACAAAUGUCUUGAGGGCCAAGAUUAUCCACUAGUGGUGUUUGUGUAUGGUGUGUUGCUGAAUGUAUUUUUGGGUAUAAUUUUAGAUUUGGGAGACAACUUAAAAGGCCAGUAUUGCCUACCCCACCUGCUCCAUCACAUUCUGAACCAGAGGAUAGCACAGAAAAAGACAAGAAUCUAAGAAGUACAAAGUCCAGUAUUGGCAAAAGCAGAUAUUCAAACUCUGUCUCCAAGAAGAGUAAAGGAAAGACCACCCUCAUCAAACUCCGAGCCUCUCAGGAGGAAGAGGAGGAGGAGGACGAUGAUGAUUCACAGUUGGAUUUUGAGGAAGAGAAUUAUAACCUUGCUCCUGACAUGGUGAACCAAGCCCCGGUGUUUGUUCCCUUCAGCCUCAGGUCACCAAGACCUGUGCCUUCUGAGAUCGAGGAGACUGUUGAAGAGGUAAUUGGAAAAGGGGAGAGUGGGAUCCGGUGAUUUUAAGUGGCUUGCACUGGAACUUAGUCAGGAGGUGAAUAUUGACCAUUUCCUCCUUUUGUGUGUGACCGGUUAUCCGUCCUUGCAUGGUGACUGAUAUGUAGCUCUUUUGUGUUUGUUUAAUUUUUUUACAUUUUGUUUAUUUAAUUUAUUAAUUUAAUUUAUUUUUUAUGCAGCUUGAAAUUCCAGUUGAGAUUUUGGAAGUCCCAUCUAUCACUGAUGAAACAAACACAUAUUCUCAUCUCCUUCCAGAUGCUCAGUCAGAGCAUGUAAGUUUAGCACUAAUACAUAUUUUGUGCUUGUUUGUUAAAUCUGUCAUAAACCAUGUGUUGCUUGUUCUGUUCUUGUCACCCACAUUUAUUUUUAAAUGUAGAGCAUUUCUCAUUGAUAUAAAGACCUUAUUCGUUCUCUUACCAUUAGAUUCAUGGCGAUUGCAUGCCGUUCAUGAUUUCAGACUUUCUCUUGUUUGGCACUUUUUUACGGUUUAUGUUGUGUUGAAUUUAUUGUAAACCUUUAGUCAUAGUUUUUUUUUUUUUUUUUUCCUUUAGGAAUCACCUGCUCAUCCAGACAAUUCAGGUACUUAUUUAUAGCAGCAUUGUUACUGCUAUAAUACAUUCUUUAACUGGGGGUUAAUUCAAGUUCCUGCAUUUAACAUCUUGAUUUUGCUUGUAUACAAACCCAAGUUAACUGGAAACAUUUUAGACAUCCAUGGUCUGCCUAAUCUUGUCAUAUCAUCCAAUUAAAUUAGGCCUUAAAAAGGACAAUUUGAAUCAUGGGGCAAUUGAUAUUUAUACCAUGACGGCCUUAUUUUCUUUAGUUAACAUUCUCUACGAUUUGAUUAGUGGGAGCAAGUGCUCACUGCAAGAGGUGAAACUAAUGCUUGUUAGGAUUUUGUUUCAAUUUAAUGAUUGAUUAAAGGAACACAAACCUGUAUUUCUGAUCCUAUAAUGUUAAAACCACAAUUUAGGUGGCUUGUCCUCUUUGAAAGGGUUAAAACUUUCUUUAUUUCUAGUGCUGCGUGGGUCCAUCUCCGAUCCACCUUUGUGGCUGACCUAAUCAGAAUUGAUGGUCUCAGCCAAUCCAAUGCUUUCCCCUGUGGGGGGAUUGGCUGAGAUAGUCGAGGAGGCAGGACCAAAAGCCAGCCUGACCAAUCAGCAUUUCCUCCUAGAGAUGCAUUGAAUCACUGCAUAUCUAUAAAGAAAGUUCAGCGCUGAACAUCAGUGAUGCACACUGUGCAGCACUGCCCCAGGUGUCCCUAGGCUUUAAUGUAAACACUGCCUUGUCUCUGAAAAGAAAGUGUUUGCAUGAAAAUACCUGCAGGGACUGUCUAUACUCACUAGAACAACUACAAUGAGCUGUAGUUCUGGUGACUAUAGUGUCCUUUUAAUAAAAAAUAGGUUCAGUGAACGCAGAAACACAGCGUGACACAGCGAUGUUUCAACCCAUGGGUGCCUUUUCCAGACUUCCCGUGCCAUGUUGGUAGAGUAAAGUGAUCACAUUCCAGCAAUGGUCAGUGUUCUACUCUUGUUCUAGAUCAGGCAUAGGCAACCUUCGGCACUCCAGAUGUUUUGGACUACACCUCCCAUGAUUCUUUGCCAGUAUUAUGGGUGUAAGGGCAUCUGGAGUGCCUAUCCCUGUUCCGAUGUAUCCAAAGGCUGCCUAUCUCUGUUCUAGAUGUUAUGCCUCUUGGAAAAAUGAAGAGCACAUUUGGCAUCCCUUAUGUCUGUAUACUAUUUGAUAGAUUGUAAAGAAGGUUAUUGAAAAGUGUUACCACUUUAUUUGAAUAAAAUUGAAUAUAAAAGUUUAAACUUGAUAGCGACGUGAAUUUAUUUUUUUUAAUUAUUGAAGAUCACAUUGAUGGAAGUACUGAAGCUGCCAUGACUUUGAUUUCCAUGGGAAAUCCUGUAUUUCAGUCCAGAGUAUCUGAACCUGGUAUGUAUACUCGUUGUCCAUAGUGAUAUUUAUCUUUUUAUUCUUAUUUGAAAUUCUUUUCACUGUAUACAUUAUUCUUUGUCUAUUAUGAGUGUGAAUGUAAUCUAUACCAAUAGCAGAGGUGACUGAUCUUGAAUUCUGGGAAAACUUCCUAGAAGCGGCACAAUCACCAUGAUUAACAAUGGAAUGUUAUUUCAGAUUCUUUCACCAGUUAGCCGUGCGGUCUGUCCUUUAUGUGAAAUCUCUGACUGAUUUGUUCAAUGUUUACAUUAAAGUGUGAAGAUGAAAUCACUAAACAAUAAUACCUGCUGUUCGUAUAUGUACUUUGGAGUCCACUUAUUGCCUGGAUGAUUUCCCUGUUAUAUAAUUUGAGUCACAAUGGAAACCAAUGGACCGUUUUUGUUACUCCCUUCAUCUAUGUCUUGUCCAAUUGUUCUUUAUAAGACCCCUAAUGUACGAUGUGAUUCCAAGUGCAGAUUUGAGGAUCAAACAAUGUGCACAAAUUAACUGCGUAGAAAUACUAUAUAAUUGUUAUGCUGUUCUUUUAUAGAUACAGGUUUAACACCAAAGGAGACUGAGCCAGAAACACAGUUGAUGGGUACCGGAUCCAUCAAUCAGAAGCACGAAUUUGAGAACUGUGAAGACCUUGCAUUUAAAGAUCGAACUGAAGAGGCUAGGUGAGGACUUUCUUACAUGAUCUGUGAUGUGUGCUCUAAUUAAAUAGACAUAUACACUACGACCCUUUGCUAGAAUUAAUGUUUUGGAGUUUUUUUUGUGCCAGAACAAAGAAAAGCAAGAUAUUGCCAUUCAUGUUAGGCUUGAAGCCCAACGUUUUUCCCUCCACCCAGUGUGCACUAUGCCACUGAUUUUGCUCUACGCAUACUCUUUCAUAAUGUAUGAAGAUGGACCAGUCACAUAGAGGUGGUGUUUUGGUAGAUUUUAUUGGAAGACUAUACAACAUUUCGGCUCCCACAGUAGACUAUCAAGCUUGAUAAAGGCUUCUGUGGGAGCCAAUUCUUUGUAUGGUCUUCCAAUAAAACCUGCCCAAACACCACCUAUGUCCAGGUCCAACUUUCUUCAUAAGUAUUGGUACGUUGGAGAUGGUCACCCUAAUCUGGAAGCAUUACAGAUGGCAAUUUGAGUGAGUGCCUCUCCACUUUAAACAUAAUGACUUGUACAUCAAUACUACAGUACGAAGCUGAUUUUUGAACUCCCAUUCCCAUGAACACACUAGUGUGAUAGAAAAUUAAGUGAGCUUCCUGAUCACGUUCUAGUUUGAAAACUCAUUACAGAAGAUGCAUAGCUAGGGUAGCUGGAAGGGGCUGUACUGGCAGUCUGACAGCCACGAGAGACAUGUUUUCAUCAUAAUGUUAACAUUUUAUCAGAAGUAGCCAUUUUUUACAUGGUGCAAUAAAAGGUGCAACAUCUUUGGACCAUUACUACAACUCGGAUGUAGUGUUUUUUUGUUUUUUUUUUCAAUUAUGUCAGUCUAGUAAAACAAGAACUUUAUUUUUCAUCCUUGGAACUAUUUUGCCAUAUAUUUUAUAAUAGAUCAGAUGAAAAUCACUGUGAUCUUCCCAGCAAUGAGCAUGGUGCUCCUGGUGAGCUCGGGGAUCAGGAUAGCCUUGUCUUAAUGGAAUGCCUCCCAUCUCAAAGUUCUGAUUCCAGUUUAGCCAACCUCUGUACUGAUCCAGUUGAUGGUAAAUCUGGAGUUCCGUUUGAGCAGGUGAGAGACUCAUUUCUGAAUGUUUUUUUUUUUUUUAAAUUAUUUUUAAUCUGAUCUACAACUAGACUUAUGGAGCAAAACUACUUGUUAUUGGUUAGAAACGCCUAAAGUUCUUGUGUGUGUGUCAACGGUUUUAAAGGGGAACUAUCUUGAAGCAAAUAACUUGGUAUUUUGUGGUAUAUAUUAGUAUAUACUCCUUUUUAAAGAUGAUUGGAAAAAAAAAAAAGUUUUUAAAAGGUUACUCCAAAUGGAUUCAAGUGCUUCCACUUCUCUAUUUCAAGUCAAGUUUAAUGAUAAUCUGGCUCUUUCAUGGCGGUGUUGUGACCGAUUUAGUUCACUGGAGAAUGCUUACUUAAUUCUUUCCUGUGUUUCCUGUCCAGAUGAAUUUCCAUGGUCUUCCUGGAGACUCACAGCCGUGCUGUGUAGUACCACACAAUCAGGAAAUCUCAGGUAGGUGCAAACCAGCUGCUGUCAGCUCGAAAUAAUCCUGUUAUAUGUUUAAUAUCUGUGCGAGAGUUCCUAGUCUGAAUUUAGAGUGUUGAAGUCCCCAGAAUAAUAAUGCUCCAAUAAUUCAUGUAAAGAACAGUGCGUACACUCUGUGUCGGCUGUGCAAAUUUCAAGGUUUAAUACAUGUGCUUUAGAGGUUCAACAUGUGAGCUUCACAUUAGUGUUUAUCUAUUUAUAUAUGCAAAUAAAAAAAGUAAAGUGAUAACCAGUUUUUGACAUUACUGUUCUUUUUGCAUUCUACAUGGGAGAAAAAUGUAAUUUAUCCUUGGAUCAAAUGGCUGCAAAUUGACCUUUUUAACACUUUUGUACUAAUCUUAUGAUCCAUGUUUUACAGUUGCAGAGUCCAAUGCGCAGAUUCAAAUAUCCAUUUUAGUCUCCUAUGAUGCCAUAAAGCUGUAAUGGCUAACAUAAAGGCGGAGCAAGGAACAAAUUGUUAUUCUGAUGCUGAGUAGCGGACAUUUACCGUGGAAACCAGUAGAAUUGGUUUCACUUCAUUUAGAACCUUACCUCAGAAUAGCACGUUGCAUUACUGUACUGCCAAACUUUGCCUUCCCUGCACUAUAGUGUAAGGAUAACCGAAAGGUAACUCUCCAGCUGGUUGUGGUGGAACCAUGGCAUCCAUAAUGCUUUGCUACCCUUAAGAUGAUACCUGUGGUUUUCACAGCUGGAGAGCUGCAUUUUGGUAACGUAGGCACCAUUAUUUGACUGGUCUUAUAUUAAUACUUCUAACAGUUUUCUUUUCUUGCCUUUUGACAGAUAAUCUAGCUGAAACCGGAUGUCGAGAUGAGGAAACCACUUUUAUUUUGACUCUGGUAGAAAUUCCUCUAAACUCGGAUUACCAGUAUUCCUGUGAUACAUUUAUUCCAGAUGAGUCUCUUCCAGCUCCUGUUAUGGUCAGCGCAGGUUCUGCACAUGCUGUAUCUACGUCAGAAUGUCAGAGGUGAGAAUAUGGAGCUGCGGAAACGUGUUGCAACAUCUAGAGGCAACAGUCAAGAUAUAGAACAUUGUUUCUCUAAGGACCAUAUGAUUAUGUUCUCCUUGGAUUGACCACAAUAUGACCACUGACUUCUUUAAAAUAUUGUAUUUAAUAUACUUGUAUUGUCAAUGCUAUAAGUGUAAGAAGCUCUUCUAUAACCAUACAUUUAACAGUGGUAUCAUCUAACUUUUCCAAAGGCAUAAAAAAGCUGAUGUUGGCCCCUUUUUUUUUUUUCUUUUUUUUUGGUGUUUUUUAAAGUAAAUGAAAAUAUACUUAAGUUUUUAAUUUUGCAUGGAAUUCUCUGCACUGCUGCAGAUCAAUGUAGAGAAGCAGGAAGUUGCUGCAAUAUUUCAGCCAGUCCGUAGUCUCGCAUGACAACGCGUCGAGACAGUGUAAGGAUUUCAUUAAACACUGACCUCACCUUUAAGGAAAAAGUUUUAAAAAUAAUAUCAGGAAGUAUUACUUUACUGAGAGGGUAGUGGAUGCAUGGAAUAGCCUUCCAGCUGAAGUGGUAGAGGUUAACAGAGUGAGGGAGUUUAAGCAUGCGUGGGAUAGGCAUAAGGCUAUCUUAACUAUAAGAUGCCUGGGACUAAUGAAAGUAUUUAGAAAACUGGGCAGACUAGAUGGGCCAAAUGGUUCUUAUGUUUCUAUGAUGAAUUGGAAACCAUAUUUUAAAAUUUAGGGCCAAAAAACUAGGUUAUUUAUGCCUAAGCUUUCAGAUUUAGUUUUCAACUCAGUUGCCUAGUCCAGGAUUGUUACUUUUAUUGUUAUUUAAAAUCAGUAUCUAGUUCAGUGGUUCUUAUCUUAUGGGUCGAGGCAGAGAUUGGUUCCCCACUUAUUAGAGCAGGCGCGUCAUAAGGAUCAGGUCCAGGCAGUUCUUAAUUCCUCAGUGGAGGGUUCUUUUUAAAAGGAGUCUAAUCAUUGUUUUUUUUUUAUUUAUUCAAUUUGAUUUGUUUCCCAGUAUAUAGCACAAUUUUAGCAUUGGCUACUGCUGACAUUUUAUGGGGUGAAUCACCAUCCAAAUGUACUUUUAUUUAAUAUGGGUCGCUUUCAGAAGGUUUCAAGAACUAUCGAUCUAGUUAACCUAUCUAACCACCCUGUGUCUAUUUUCUACCUCUCAUAACCUGGAUUUUAUGUGCAAUCUGCAGCCCAGAGACUGUAGCAUCUUCCGUUCCUGCGUCCUGCGAUCCGUGCAUCCCACCCGACUUUGAGAAAGCUGAAUCGGCAUUAAGUCCGAUAUCAAGAAAAAGAAGGGCAAGCAACUCAGAGGGAGUAGAGACAGGACCAUUUCAGAAGAAGCCCUUGCUCCAAGAUAGUGUCCAGGUAGGAAGGGCAUGGCUUCAACCUUUCACCUGUCUAAUUACUUUGUACACACAUUAUAUUAAUGCAGUUUGUUCCUAAAACACCCAUAAUGUGAAAACAAAUUAUUCUACCUAUCAUUCUUAAUUCUAAUUGAUUUCUUACCAGUGAAUGGGAAUCCUUUCUAUGUGUUCUGCUUGCUGAAUACACAAAGCCUAUAGAAUGUUCUUAAAGGGGCACUCUAAGCAAUAAAUUAUGUAGAACAACUCGAGUCACAAAGCGAGAAAGUUAUGGUGGGGAAGAAUUGUGAUUGAAAACUCCUUCCACCUGAAGUCAGUGGAUACAAUUUUGAACGAAGAUCUGCACACCAGUCAAGCCAUAAGACUGGUUUUCCCACAGAAAUCACAAAUAUCCAACUUUUGAGUCAGUAGAUAUGGAUUGCCUAGGAUUGUUUGUGUCUUGUCCCUUAUUAAGUUAAAAUGUGUGUUGGAUUAUUUUGUUGCAGAUAGAAGAGCAGCACGUAGCUGAAAAGAUUGCAGGUAAGAGUUCAAUCUUUUUGCCAACAAUGUGGAAGUUGCGUGGUUGGUUCUCCAAGGGUUAACCAUUGGUGCCUGCUCUAGCUGCUCUAGUGUUUAUGGUGCCAAGAGUGCCUCCCAUGGUAGCUUGGUCACUUCUGGCACAAUAACCACUACAUCAAGUAGAACCUUUCCCAAAAUGCUGGAUCAUACUUCAACACCACCACCACCGCUUGAUUGCUGCUAUUGUCUUUACAAAUGUGAACAAAGUCUGAUCAAGUCCACAUGGAGCUUGUAUAUUGCAGAGUGUUCUAUUACUUUUAUCUGCACAAUUUACAUUUUUAUUUACACUUCUGGAUGUAAACAGUGCAUCUGUUUUUAUAAUGCUCGACUGUUCCUUUACAUAUUUGACAAUAGAUUUAUUUUUUUAUAUAGGUUCAGCCAGGACAGAGCUUUAUAAAUGUGCUGAUUUCUUUUGAAAUCUGUAUUUUUCUUAAAGAAGAAAGAAGGCACUUUCAGUCUAGAGCAGGGGUCAGCAACCUAUGGCACUUGUGCCACGCAGAGACAAACAGGCUCUGGCCUAUCAGGAGUCCCAGUGGGCCAUCAGAUAUCUGCUCGUGCAAACCGAGCGGUGGUUGCAGGUGGUGAGGGACAAACCUCAAUUUACUCAUUGCAGCACUUAAAGGAAGUGAUCUUCAUCCCAGCACUUGUUAACGGGAAUCUCUAAUGGAGUAGAACAGCCUGCAGCUGCUAUCACAGUUCUUACCAUUGACGUGGACCUCGGAAGCCAUCCACACUUCUAGAUAUACACAGAGCUGCAGAAAAAGUCUCACCUUCAUACAAAUACAAAUUGCCUGCACAAAAAAAUACACACAAACACAACACCACUGACAAUCCGCAUAGACGCACACAACCCCACAAACAGCCUCUCACAUGCAGUACCAGAAGCAGCCCCCAAACACAGCCCGCAUUCAUAUGUAUCGUACACAAUACCACAAACUAAUAAUGAAAAUAAACAAUAUACAAUCCCACAUACGCACAAAUACAAUGCUACAAGUAACUGCAACACCCAUAAACACAAGCACAAUAUAAACAUACACACCUCAAUUUAAAAAAUAAAUUAAAAAAAAAAAAAAAUAGGGCCAACAUGCCAAGGGACUUCAAGAUCUUGUUUUGGCACAGUAAUGCUAAAAUGCUGCCUUCCCCUGGUCUAGAGUUUUCUUUUAAAUACUCAACUUCUAGGAAAAAAAAUUGUAUUGAAAGUUAGGUUAAAAAAAAAAUUUGUUUCCCUCUCAAAUGUAAUUUGGGUUUAUUUAAUUUAUUUUUUUAAUAUAUUGUGAUUUCAAUGCUGGUCUUUGGACAAACAUACGUGACACAUGAGAUUGUAUCUCAGUGAAACCGUCUGAUACGUAUUGUUAGCCAAAAAAGACUACUUGGAUAACGUGCAUGUCCGUGAUGGGAGGACAAAGAAAGCAAAUAGCUCCUGGUUAGUGUUAAAACUAUUUAGCUAAUGUCCUGUGUGUAGAAUUGGGGAACUUGCUGGGAUUACGUUUUGGGAAAAGCAUUAUGUUUAAACUUUCUAGCUUUCCAUUAUAGCUUUACUAGCAUUUCCGUGACCAGGAAUUAGAUCGCAGCCACUUUCUGCUUGUGGUGGACCUAUUAUGGUGAACCUCCCGUAUUUAACAUUUCUUUUGUAGAGUUAUAAUGCCUUACAAUGCCUAGUUUACAAUCCAGUCCUAUUUUUCCAAUUGUAGAAAAGAAUUUGGAAUUGACAAAUGUUGAGGAGGAAUCCACUUCUGUCACAUCAAUACCUGGACCAUGUCAGGAGGACCACCUCCCCACUUCAAACAUCAUGAUCAAACAAGACACUCAGUCAUCUAGCACACAAGACACAAGUGAACUUACAGUCCUCAGCACUGAAAACAAUUCAAUAAAUAGCACUGGACAAUUACCUGCAGCAUGUUCAGCAUUACCUUCAAAAACCACGUUGAAAAGGUAAGACUGCAAACAUUUUUUUUGUGGAUUUUUCCUUUUUUUGCAUUGUAAAUCCUGGUAGACUGCCACAACCAGAAAUGCCAUACUGAUAAAUUUAAACCCCCAUGGUGUCGUGCACAGAGCUUCUGUGAGGGCAAAUGCAUCCACAUGACACUUUGUAGGCAUUCCCAACUUGGCAUAGCGCAUAUCUAGGCAUUAAGAACAUCUUUUGUGUGAAUGGAAAUGUGAAUGACAGGGAGAGAUGGGGACACUCUUGCUCUCUACAUUGUCAUUGUAUAUCUUCUGAUUGCAUUGAUUCUAUCUUUGUGUAAAAGUGACAGUGUUAAUGUUUAAUUUUUAAGUAUGAUGAGAAUAAAUAAUUCAUAUUUUCUCAGGCCUGGCAAAAAACCAUUGGGAAUAUUGGGAUUAGUUUGCAAAGAAAAAGCAACGAAGAGAGGAAAGGAGGACUUAAAGAGUAAGAAGAAAACCUUGCCACGGCCUCUGUCUAAAAAGCCAUCUUUGAGUUCCCGGAAAUCCCAGGAUAAAGUCUCUACAACAAACAAUGCCUCUGCAACAAGCAUUCAAGUGCCUUCACAGACCACCUGCUCUCUGCCUGCUGUGUCAGUGGUUCCUUCUGUUAAUGAGGAGAUCAAUGAUUCAGGCAAACCUCAGGUAAGUUAGCAAUCAAGAACAGAGCCGUAUUAAUGUUGCCCAGGGCUUUAGGCAGUUUGCCAGAUUGGGGCCACCUCCUAGGACCCUGAGCUCUAUUUCUGUGAUUGGGGUGUGUGUAGUGGCUGAGUGACUUGUGCGUAGAGGGAUGAGAGCUGUGAGGGGGGGAGGCUGAGUCUGUGUUGUUUGCGUGCCCCCUCCCUCCCACUCUUCCUUGGUGGACCAGUGGAGGGCGGACUGGAUCCUUGGUCGUCCAAUGGUGGAACUUCGUCAUCUGCACCAAGAGAAGAGCAAGAAUGUUAGAUAUUCUGUUACAUACAUCUUUUAGUAAGAACAUCCCUCUGUGCGUUUCCGGUUUAAUUUGUUAAUCUAUAUGUGACUAGCUUAAUGGAGAUCUAUAUUUAAAUACAGAGGACUUUGGCUGAUAUUUGUAUUUAUUUUUACUCUUUAGGAUUUGGACAAUCAAAUCAAACCUCAAGAAUUGCCCAGUUUGACUGAAGAUGUUUCGGAAGAGGAGGUCUCAACAGUAUCAGAAUAUUUUUUUGAUGACAUCUUUAUGCCGGUUGAUGAUGAUUAAAACUCAAAAGAUGUUGACUGACAGCAUAUUGCUAGCAAAAUUGCUCUCCCAAGACAAUUUUUCUUCUUUCAAAGGAAACCUUUAAGAACACAUGGAAAUGUUGCCUUGAGAAAGCACCCUUUUGUAGAACGCAUGCAUAUUCCGUGCCUUGUACAAAAUGUAUAUUUUACCCUAAUGAAGCAUGUUUUCCCUGUGGUUUACAAGUAGGCACAUUUAGAGCCUCUUUUAUAUCCGUCGUGUACAGUGACUGUGAAUAGGUAUAUUUAUUUAUUUAAAGUUUAAUUUAUUUUCUCUUUCAAUUGAAGUCAAAGGCUGCAAAAUAUUGCUAUGCAGUACAUUGCUGGACCAUUGUUUUAAAUGAGCCUCUGUGCCUAAUGUACGAUAGAGCAAUGUAAAUCAUUGUCAGUGUUCAGUUUAAUUAUUCCCCAGAUUAAUUAUUCUUUCGAUGUGUUAAAUGAGAUCAUCCAAGUUUUUUGGUUUUUUUUGGUUGGUUGGCGGGGGGGGGAGGGGGGUUCCACUCCUCUGGAAAACAUUGCCAUAUCUGAUUUUAGCGUUGUCCUACCAGGUGGUCAUUAUUAGAGUAUUGUAUUUGGUCCAAUAACACCUUUAAAAAUGGAAAAAUAAUUCCACUUUAUGUAGAAAAAAAAAACUUACAUUUUCUUUGAAAUCCAUAUAAAAUUUCUGUGAGAUUUUGCCCUUGAAGGUUUUCCAAUGUUGACACAUAAUUAACAUUAUUAAGAUUAUGAUGAUAAAUAGGGUAUUUUUUUAUUCUCCUUCGAUCAAUCAGUCCCUCCCCAUUCCAUUCAUGUAGGUUUACAAAUCAGCUUUAAACCUGUUAAUGCCUUUUCAUGCGAUUUGUUCUAAUGAAUUAAAAAGGUAACAGUCUGGAGUGUUUUUAUUUUUUUUUUCUCAGUCUAGAUUCCAUAGAAUUUGGACAUACUUUGUCUAAAUUAUUGGUUUCUGUUCAUUUGCACACUAAUAAUAAAAGGCUGUUUUGCGACUGGUGAAUUUUUAUUUAUUUUUUUUCUUUAUUUUUACAACACAUUUCAGUUGUUUUUUUUUUUUUUUAUUAUUCUGUUGUCCAUUUUUAUUUUAUUUUACCACCCAUAGCAUAAAAAUAAAGUAAUUCUUACUAAAUGUUUUUUUUUUUAAUUGGCACUGUGCACCAAUGUUAACGAGUGAGUAACUGGUUAUUGUUAAAGAACUACUCCUGGGACCCUUAACGUAUUGACAGAAGAUAAUGGCGAUGGUCAUAAUGAACAUACUUUAAUUACAGGCGAUUGCUGAAACAAGAUAGCAGUUUGGUCAGUAUUCAUUUGUAAUUAGUGCUUUUAAAUCUGUCGACUAAGUGUUUGAACAUGCAUUCAUAUAUUCAUUCCUUUGGUGAAGAAGCCAGUUCAGGGCUGAAAUUUUGCUAUAGACUGUCUGGGGUCUGUUAACCCUUCAGGCCAUACUCUUAUAUUUAUAUAGUUACUAUUGUAACAAUGUCAUUUCAAAGGUCAUAUACUAAAAUGUGGACAAAUGAACUUUUAAUAAAGAACACCGAGCACUGCUGAUCUACUUGAUCCAAAAUAUGUUUGUUUAUCCAUAGCUGAGACUUUAGAAAUGAAGACAAUAUUUCACGUGAUCUGUUUUUGUCUGUUGUAUUCUAUUUUGAGUGUGUGUUGCUGUUUGUUUGGUUCCUCAUUACUGUUUCAUAGCCUUGAACCUGUCAAACCUUAAGUACUUCUCAAGACUUCCACUCUUCAGAACAUUCCUGUCUUCACUGAUUAGUCUGCUCGGCCAAGCCAGUAUUUAACUUUACAUUGCACUUCUGUUGAAACAUUCAUUGAAUUUUGCUCUGUUAUGGAAAGUCACAAAACCAAAUGAAAUUAUCUUUUUUUCUAUACCUCUAUCUGCUGGUGCACAAGAAAUGACCUUUUUAGAUUACCUUUUCACUAGUGUAUUCUUCUUGUCUUGGUUGGCUGUUUAAUUUCGGUCUGUAUGAGAGCUUGAUGAGAAGUCCACUUGGCCCCAUUCAAAAAGCUUCUGUACACAACCUAAUCAAAAAGCUUGUUCUAUCUCUUAUUGAGUGGGAAACGAUGAGGUUGUUCCCACCUGUUCAAGUUAUUUCAAUUCUAAGAACAGUACACGAGAACACUAUUAGUUAGCCUUUAUUCAUGUUCUCAUGGAACAUGUUCAGCU